UCGCACGCUCACACGCUCACUUGCAAUCGGAACGUCGCGCCGAACGGUUGUGCGUGCUGUGCCGCGUGUGACGAGUCUAGUAGCUCUACGUGUUGGGAGAGAGUUUCUUUUCCCCCUGGGGUGGGUGGGAGCUUUCACGCACGGGAAAACGAUAACAAUAAGGGAGGAAAAACGGAGGUAGUGAAAUAGUAGCAAAGUGGUGCAAAAAACCUCCCGCAAACAUAGUGAAAAUUUUUCAAAAAUAAGGCCUAAAUUAAAACACAUACACAUACCGUGCCGCGAAACCGUAUGGCAGAAGAGUGCAGGAAGUGCAAGCGAGCGAGCGAGCCGUUCUGUCACAGUGAGUGAGUGGAGUGAGUGAGAGGCAGUGAGAGCCAGUGAAUAAAAAAAAGAAGAAUACACGAAAACGGUGUGUGUGUGCGUGUGUGCGAGUGUGUGUGUGUGUGUGUGCUCCACAGCGAAACAAAACCGAAUAAGAAAAAAAACCGGCCACAGAGGAGAGAAUAAAUUCAGGAAGCGUCGCCGUACGUGUGCGUGUGUGGUGUGUGAAUGUGCGCGCCUGUGAGCAGCCGUUCAGUGUGUGUGCGCGCUUGUGCGUGGAUGGGUGUGCGUGCGUUGUGAGUACAUGUGUGUGCAAGUGUGUGGGCCUUUUGCGUCUCCCGCUGCUGCGGUGCACCAAUACCGCCACCCUUCCUCACCUUUCCCGGUGUGUUGUUACCGGCACACACACACAUUGUGCGUCUCGGAAGAGUUUUUCGAUACACAAAAAGCAGCGAGAAGGAAAUAAAAAAGAGCGUGUGUGAGAGAGAGAGAGAGGGAAAAAGCAAAUCCCAAAUGAAGUGAUAUGGUGCAAAGGAAGCAAAAGAAAAUGGUCGAAAAUAUUUGAGUGGUGUGCCGCGCCGCUGCCCCUUUGCCACUGCCCUGCACGCAUCUCAAUACCCCUAGGGUGAGUGUGUGUGUUUGUGCGCAGCGUACGUGCGAUUGGUGUGCAAGUGUGUGUGUGAGUGCGUGUGUGUACAUGGCAAUACACACAAGCACACAGCGCGAGAAGGAAAAAGGAAGUAGAAAUUACACCGACGGAGAUUAUUAUUACACCGUGCGUGCAAGUGUUGUGCGUGAAUGUGUGUGAGUGUGUGUGCACACGCUAUUGUUUCCACCGGUGUGUGUGGUGUGUGCGCUGUAGAAUGAAGUGAAUGCAAAUUUUGCACACAAAAAGAAAGGAAUAGAAGAUUAAAGCAUUUUGGCAAAAUCGAAUCUCUCGCGCCAAAACGUGUCAUGAAAAUUCAAUUUAUCGUUCCUGCUUCGGCUUCUUCUCCCUGCCCCAACGGCCUUUGAAGCGUGUUGGGUGUUUCUGAGGGUGUGAUUUGUGUGUGCGUGUGUGUGAUUGGCCCGCGCUAUCCAGCGUGAUUCGCUUCUCCAUCGCUUCUUCGGCAGUGCGCGUCGUGUGUUUGUGACAAAACAACGGAAAGCACUCAACAUAAAUCUCCCAAUAGGUCGCGCCGGGUUGGUUUUUGGCCUGUUGUUGGCCUUGGAAAGAAGAGAAGAUUGCGAUAAACACACAUAACACACAGCUGAAAGCCACUGAGAUCCCCAUCAGUCUGCGGUCCAUCGUUAGGAUCCCCCUUACCCGAGCUGGAAGUGCGUUUGACAUUUUCGGAUUAUUCUGUGCAGUGUGCGUGUUUGAUUCGCCGUGCAGAAUGCUGCAAACUUUUUGAUCUGCAGCAGUGUGUGAUGCGAGCCUUUCGUGCGUUGCGAUAGAUAAACAAACCCGAAUCGAGAUGACGACAGCUGGGUCAUUCUGUUGAGCGCUCGCCUGCUGUGAGAUCGUGUGUGCGAUCGUGUGUAGUGACAGCAGUCUAGGCAACAACACAGCCUUUGAGAACACACUUCAUUUCGAAGCAAAAUUAGUGAGCGUUUGUGUAUGUGGUGCGUGCAAUGCUAAUACAAUGAAGCAGCGGCACCAUCGACGACAGCAUCAUCCGCAUCAUCACAGUGACAGUGGUUGCUAUAGUAGUGGUAGCGACAUGGCGUUGACAGCAGCAGCAGCGGGAGUGACAGUAGUAAACAACACAGAAGUGCUCGAGCGACGACGGCACUGUAGCGGCAAUGGGCACAGCCGCGGCAACCGUCGGUGGCGAACGACAACACACAGUGUGGUCCACGACAACAUCACUACCACCACCACCGACCACACCAGCAGCUGGUGGAGAAUAGGCCGCACGUUCGGAGCGUCCUGCCGACACACCGAACAGCCACACGCCUCCACCGGCAACACGCUCACGAGCAAGCGACGCCGCUACCGGGACGUGAGCGCCCGGCUACGCUGCUGCCUGCCCGGGCUCGGCACCAGCCCGGCCCUCACCGUCGCGCUCGUGAUCGCCCUCCAGCUCGUCGCCCUGCAGCCGACCGUGCUGCACUGUGCCAAAACGUUCUACAUGCACUGGAACACGACGAACAGCAUCUUCCGGAUCGACAACACCGACCACAUCAUCGACGUGAACAAGGGCAACGCGCAGUUCGAGUACGACCAGGUGCACAUCAUCUGCCCGGUGUACGAGCCGGGGACGUUCGACAACGAGACGGAGAAGUACAUCAUCUACAACGUGUCGAAGGUGGAGUACGAGACGUGCCGCAUCACCAACCACGAUCCGCGCAUCAUCGCGAUCUGCGACAAGCCGAACAAGCUGAUGUUCUUCACCAUCACGUUCCGGCCGUUCACGCCCCAGCCGGGCGGUCUCGAGUUCCUACCGGGCAACGAUUACUACUUCAUCUCGACCUCGUCCAAGGACGAUCUGCACCGGAGGAUAGGCGGCCGGUGCACCACCGACAACAUGAAGGUCGUCUUCAAGGUGUGCUGUGCGGACGAUCAGCAGCAGCAGCAGCAGCAGCAGCACCAUGGCCAUUUGCCCUCGAACGGUACCGUGAUCGGGGGCCACUCGCAUGACGGUACGGCCGCGGGCGGAUCGAUCAACGCCAACAACACCAUCUCGAUCGAUGCGUUCGAUCCGAACUCGCGGCUGCUGCCGCCCGCCAUCAACACCAGCCAGGGCAACAUUGUGCAGAACACGGUCAACUGGCCGGUGUGGAACGAUGGGUCCGGCCAGCAGCAGCAGCCACCGCAUCUGCCACCGCACGUGCGGCCACCGUCGUCCGCCACCCCUGCCAUCAUUAACGGGCGGCACAACCACCACUACACCGCCUCGCCGCCCCGCACCUCCAUCAACAGUGGUACGGGGAUGGGCGGCGGAGGUUCGGGUGGAAUGUACGGCAACAACCACAACUACAACAUCAACAGUCCACCGUCCAACGUGCAUCCCGGCCAGAGCAAACCGACGAAGAAGACGAAGGAGUACGACAAGCACCCGAACGAGGUGGUCAAGAACGAGGAGCUCACGUACAACAAUGCUGCUACUACGGUGGGUCCUGCCGGUCCGGUGGUGUUGCUGCUGGUCGCCACCGCCAUCAUGCUGUUUGGGUCCUGGAGCAGCAGCAGCAGCAGUAGCAGCAGCAGUAGCAGUAGUAGUCGUCGUCGAAGCAGCAGCAGUUCGAGUUGGUUGAGAAGCUGAGAGUCGUGUGAGGAUGCAGCAGCUGAGGAGUACGCUCGAGAUGAUACAGGUGGAGGAGGUCACGCAGGCGAUGUACCACCGACACCACCACCACCACCAACAUCACCAACCGAAGCCGUGUGUUUGUGUGUGCCCUUACCCCUCUAAUACUUCCCUCCGUAAUCCGCCCCCCCUGGUCCUAGAGAGGAUGAUUGGUCGCUGGAAGUUCCGCGGGGUGUACUGGCAGAGUUUCGAGAGAGAUUUCGAGGUCUCAAAGAAGAAUGGUUGGCGAAGUUGUCGUCGUCGUCGUUGGAAAUUCGUAGUCCUUUCGCUUUCGGUCCAUCGUACCCCACACCCACCGAGGGAGGGAGGUACUGGCGACUGUAUUUUGGGACGAGGAGUCGUGCAUGUAGAUAGGAUCCUGUGUUUUUGUUUUUAAGAGAGACGGAUGAAAUCAUAGUCACACCCACACACAUACCGACACGACAGUCUCUAACGAGAGAGAGAUCACCCUUAAACGUAUAAACCUUGAUAAGCGAGAGCUAGAAACCAUCCCAACCCUCCCCCACAACACACGCGCGCGCAGUGUCCAUGGUUUUAGUAGGAAAUGCACGACGAAGGUUGUGUUUCCUUGUUUUUACUUACAGAAGAAAAAAAACCAACAAAUAAGACCAUUGCGUGCGAGUGUUUGUAUAUGUGUGCGUUUGUGUGUGUGCGUGUGUGUUCCCCGUACGGAAUGCUUAUCUCUCCGCCAGAACCGAGACGAAAACAUCACCUCCCAAGUUCCCCCUCAUAUAAGAAAAACCUCCCAAAAGUCACAAAACCAACCCCGCCCGUCUCGUAGUUAGUAGAGGUAGUCCUGUAGUUGCAGAGCAGAGUGAUAUUAAUUUAAAGUGAGCAAAAGCAAAAAAAGAAGAAAUCACACACACAUACACACACCCACUCACAGGCAUGAUGGUUGAUGUGCAACAGAAAAAAAAAAUGUGUAGAAACAUAGUGCAGUUAGUUGAUAAACAAAAACAAAAGAACCAUUCUAGUAGGAAAACACGAGCACGAAAUUGGAAAUUGGCAAUUGUAUAAAAGAAACCGAGAAGCAAGAAAAAAAACUUGGAAAAAAUACGAAAAUCAGCCAGGUAUGUGUGUGUGUGUGUGUGUGCUAUUCGACCACUGCUAAAUUCGGCCCCCAGAAAAUUGGUUAACACAGAAGGUUAGGAAAUGGAAAAGAACACAAUGCGCCCGCUCUACACACCCAUUAAGCUAGAACGGUUCGAGUUGAAUGGUGCCGCCAUAUCCUUCCUAAUACUCCCCCUCCGAGGUGUCUGAGUGCACAAGGUGUGCUUAAAGCGAAGAUCUGUCUGUGUGUGUGUGUUUGUGGAAAUUAAGUGCCUUUAGAGUGUAUUCAGAAUCAGAGAUGGUGCUUACUUUCACAUAGGACGUUACUUUUGUGAGGCCUUUUGAAGUCUUGAUCGGGUCUUCAGAUCUAUCGAAGCUCAGACUUCUUUGGAUUUCAAAUUUUGGAUGCAUAUUGAUGUCUUAAGGCUCAACCAUAGAAUGCCGCAUUCUGAGCUAUUACGACCUACUGUGAUGUUAAGAUGUUGAUGCUCCUACAUCAAAUUCAAGGAAUGCUUCAUCACAAUCGGUCGCAGUACUGUUGUUAAGUCUUAAGACCGUCUAAAGACCACCUGAAAGAAGCACUGUUUAUGUCGAUUUGUGUCCAUCACAAGGAUUCAUCUUCAUUCUAGUUCAUUUGCUCUAUUUAUUUUACGCCUAAAUCAAGUCAGUGGACACUGAUUUUACCUUGAAAUGAUGUCCAAUCCUUUCUUUUAACUUAAAUGUAUUACUAAAAGCUACUCAAGAUCUUUGAAAACGUUUGUUCAUAAAGUAAUUGAAUUAAUUGAGUAAUUGAAAGCAAAUCUUGAAGAUUUUCCCAAUGCUUCCUAAACAUCGAACCAAAAAACCAUUACGUAAGGUUAUUUCACCACCCAACGGUCUCGCUUUACGGCAUCUUGUUGGCACAACAUCCUCCCAUCCAACCUCCCCCCCCCCCCCCCCUGACGUCAUUUCCAUCUCUUCCGCAAACGCCAAUCCCGAAGCGUUUGCGGGAGUGCAGCGAGAUAGACACAUGAAAGACUGACCGCUUCACCCUAUAACCCCUCCUCCCACCCCCACUCUCCCAUUCCAUCCCACCACCUCAAGAAUCCUUUUAUAAGCGUGUAUGUGUUUGUGUUGUUGUCGUGCCGACACGGGUGUGCACCACGCUCUGUAGUCUCAAUUAAGCAUACUUUACUGUGCGUGUUUGCCAAUUUCCCACCUUCCCUUUAAUCAAUACCGACACAGUAGAGCCGCCGCAGCAUUCACACACACUCGAACGUGUGUGUGUGUUUGUGUAAUUUAAUACUUAUAUAUCUCAAGCUUAACUAUACUAGAAGCGAAGAAGAUGGGAAGCAGAAAGCACCCGAGCGCUGCCGCCGAGUGUUUUUUUGUUGCUUUAAGUUAUUUUAUUAUAUCACAAAAGUUCCCAUCCACCCAUCACAACACAACAAUAUAGUCAGAGAAAUGCUGGACAGCAGCUCCAGCAAACGAAUAGCAAAUAGUUUUAAAGCAUUGCAUUGCUUUUUGUACAACACAAUCAGAUCAAUCGGACAUAUGUUUCUUACCCUGCUCAAUCAAUCUGCCAUCCUUUGUACUCUCUCUCUCUAUCUGUUUGUCUCUCUUUAUCGUUUUGUGUUGCUUAUCAGUAUUGGAAAACGAGAGGAAACGACGCCAUUUUUGCAGGUACCAUAACCACAAAUCAAUCCAAUGCUCGUUCUGCUUGUUUCGGGCCCGAAUUUGGGCUGGCAAAAAGUCGAGGCAAAGUUUUGCGUGUAAAGUAGUACCCUACACACACACAUGCACGCACUAAAUGUACUGCACACAUCGUGAUUAUAUGUGUGAACAUUCGAGUCACACACCGGUCAUGUGCACUUUAGGUUUUUGCUUCUCUCCGAAACGAGAGAGAUAUAACUCAAUAAAAGUGUGAUUGAAUCAAGUCGAGUCGGGACGAAAGAUAAAAAAGAAACUAAAACAAAACAAAAACUACUAAAAACGAGCAAAAUGUUGUGUAUAAAUAUUAUCCUAAAAGAAGAAGUAGUAGAAGAAGAAGACGAAGAAGUAGAAAAAAAAAUAUAAGAAACUAAGGUGAACAUAUUAGGUCGAAACAAACAAACAAAAAAAAAAGAAAAACAAAACUGUGUAAAAGAGAUGUAAUGUAGAUGAACUAAAACAAAAACAAACAAAAAAUGUAGAGAGAGGGAAACCCUUUAAAAAGAGCAAAAACGUGUUAAAAUUCGGGUUCGAAGCUAAGUUUUUGAUGUUAAGUUAAACACACAAGUCUCCCCGUCCUCCCAACCAAGUUCCCAAAUAAUUUAAACAAGUCGAUUAAGAACUCCCUUCCCUCCCCUCCCCCUCCCCCACUAGAGUAUGGGUUUGCUUGCUUUUCUCUCCCAUACAUCAGUGUGUGUGUUUGUGUAUGUGUACGUGUGUGUGUGGGAAGAAGACGGCAAAACCCGGAGGUAAAAAACAACACAAUUUAGUCGCGCUCCUUAUUUUAUGUUUAUUUUUUUGUAAAUAUAGUCGAUAUUUUCGCAAAAAAUUAUCCAACAAAAACCAAAUUGAAGUUCUGUAUUAUCCUUUCUGUAAAGCGGGAAGUACCCCUGUCAAAGAAAUGCGUUCAAAAUUCCACCUCUUUGAUUGUGAUUCCGCCCUGUAGAGUUUCAAAAGCAACAUUGGAGUCCCGGAACUGCUCGAGAAGGUUAUUCGGUUGUUUUUCCGCAAUUAAAUUGAAGUCUGGUCCUGGUCCGUCCUAGUGUCGCUUCUCGUCGCUCCUCGGUGUAAAUGUCCUGUUCUUCUCCGACCCUUCCCCCCCCCCCCCCCUCGGACCGUCUGCAGAAAGGUGAAAGUUCGAGAAAGAUGAUCCACCUCCACGGCCGUGUCACAGAAUAUUGACGCACAAUUGACGCGAGAUAUUAGACGAGACGUCUCACUGCGUUAUGCUCUGUGUCACACCUGGCGUGACUGGCGUGUCGACGUCCCAUCAGAAAACAAGCAAAAGGUAGGUGACAUCUUCGUGGUUUGGGGGAAGCGAAAUGCUUCGUUUAUUUCUGAUACGUGCCGUUGUGCAACCGCGAAGAAGCUGCUCGAAGAUGAAAAUGUUACCAGAUUUAUGUCGCACGUACGUUCCCGGAACUGUCCCGGCUUCAUAAAAAACGCCUCAGCCUCAGAACGCUGCUGGAAUGUUCCCCCAAGAAACGAUGUGGGCCACCCUCUAGCUCCGCCGCUCUGUGCGCAAGGUGACGCUCGUGUACCAAUAAUCGUGUCUCGCAGAGACGUUUUUCGGUUGAAUUAGGCCACCGGAAAGUGCGUACCAUGUUUUACCCCCCUGCCGUGCUUGGUCUGCACCUACUACUACCCAUUCGCUUUCGCUCCCUGUUUGCUCUAAUGACAAAAUAAGCGCCGUAUUGGCCUUUUUGCGGUUUGCACAAAUUGCGUCACAACGAACCGAACCGAACAUGAACUUGAGCGAACGGCAAACAAAAAGAAAAGAAAGACAUUAUCUUUUCUUUCGCUCCCACCAUUGUGUUGCGAUAAAGGUAAAAGAAUUACUGCUGCCUUUGAAUUACAACACAAAGUCCUCGUUGCUGUUGGAACAAGGACAUUAAGUGCUCCUGCUUGCCCCCGUUUGCAAGCUGAGCUGGAAGAGAAGCGUUGGUGGUAUGAAUAUUUAACAAGGAGCUCUGCGCUCCUUCCAGGAUGAUUAUUUUCGCCGAAAUUCGCCGUUCGAUUUUUGCCACAGCGUGCGGGGCGCGUGUGUCUGUAGUAGUAUCACUUCCCAAUUUUGGCAAUGCCUCCCCAAAAGAAAAUUGGAGUUUGGGGGGAAGCAAACCCGUACGCAUGGCGGCAGCACACCACCAUUUGAUCUCGAAUCUUCUUGAGUUUUGCGGUGCCGGAAGGAAGAAGGAAACUCGUCGCAAGCGAAGUGAAGGGUGUGUGUGUGUGUGUGUGUGUGUGAUGGGGUUGGGUAGAGGGAGCUGUGGAAGGACAAACCACCCACACGAGAUAAGAGAUAAGUGAAUUCGUCGUGUUUUUGUUGUGGCACGAUUUUUUCCCCUUUUUUGGUUGGAGCCUCCCUUUUUCCGCCCAACCCCCAUCACCCGAAAUGUUCCGUUCCGAUGAUCUGUCUACUUUCGAAGGCCACAUUUCUGGGAAAUCGGUAAAGAUGAAAAUGCCACCAGCUGAGCAACAAAAAAAAAGAAAAAAAAGGCUUUUUGCCACGUGUCCGGCGGGAAUGUUUCGGAGAAACUUCUCCGGCCUUGCUGCCCUUCAUGCUGUCACGGUGUAAAGGACACGGGGGAAGAGCGCGGGCUUUCGAUUGCCUUUUUACCAUCAAACGCUUAAAAUAAUCCUUUAUCCAAUAUGUUAUCGUUUAGAUAAUGCUUUUUUUUAUUAUUGUUGCCGCUGCUGUGGUUUUGUUCUUUCAGAAGAUUUUAUUUUAUGUUUUUUUUAAUUCAGCUUUUUUACUUCAUAUCAAACUGGAAACUGGAAAAAUUAAGAAUGUAUGUUGUUUAUUUAGUUUGAUGGCUUUUUUGCAAUUACUUUUUGCUCUUUAUUUUACUCUUUUUACGUUAUUUACUUAUUUAUUUUUAUUUUAUGUUUUGUGCAGUGUUUGGUUAUGAUGUACUGUUUUUUUCUUAUUUUAAAUUUUAACUUCACUUAAUUAAUUCUACGCCUGGUUUGUUUUGUUUUUUUUUGUUAUUGCAUUUUCUCUUUUAUUACUUUCAACUCUUUACUUCACCUUUUUUCACUUUGAUUUUGAUUUUUUGUACGUCGUUCUCCACUUUCCCUUUCUAUGAAAUCCAUUCAAACUGUUACUAAACAACUUAAUUGAAAACACAAAGUUAAGUGUUUUUCUCUGUUCUCACCCGAAAAAAAAAUGCCCAGCCUUGUGAUCUAUUUGCCAUCAUCAUCAUCAUGUGUUUGUGUGUGUGUGCAGCCUUGGAAUGAAAACUCUAAUCUACGGAGAAAAGCGAAAAAACGCCACAAAACCCGGAACGGAUAAAUCCUUGCUCCCUUUUUUUCUGUGCCACCGUUGGCGCGUGUGGGUGUGCGCGUAGGUGUGUGUGUGUGUGUGUGUGGUAUGACCGUCGUUGCGAUUGCCAGAAGACGCCACAGGAAAUGGGAAAAUGUCAGCAAAAGUGACAACGGUACACACGGUCGGCUGCGACGUGCGUGUAUAUAUGCUGUUGCCUCCCUAGGCAAGCAUUAGGCCACCGCUGCCGCCCACCUCCCCCCCAUCGGGGAAAAGCCAUGUAGCGAUGAAGAAAAAAAAGAAGAAGAAGAAGAAAAAGAAGACCAAAAUCCGAGAAGGACGAAGCAACGCAGCAUCAACGCAGCAGGCCGUUUUCUUUCGUUUUCCGCGUCAAGGCUUUUUGCUCUCCGGCUAACCGUCGUGGGGCAGCCACCGGAAGGCAGCAGCAGGAAAACAUAAUUUCUUUUGCUUCUUCUUCUACUUCGCUUGCCUUCUUCAUGAUGUAAUGUGUGUGUGUGUGUUUGUGGAAGGCUUUGCUCUUGCUCAAAACGAAGCCCCGGGGGAAGCUGUAAAGGUAUGCUGUGGAGGCGCGCUGAGGCUGUGAUUAUCGGAAAAUGCGCUCAGUUUCACGACUCUACGUUUGGGUGUCUGUGUGUGCUUGGUGUAUGUGUGCUCUCACUACACAGGAUAUGCGGGACACACAAACACACACCACGACAACGCCACAGCCGGCGCCAGGCAACGCAAAAACUUCAGCCGACCGGCGACGGCGGAAAUUACGUGAUAACGAAAAGUCCUCACGUCCCCAAACAUCCCCAUCCCCGGUGCCGUCGUCCCAUUUUCUAGCGACCGACAGCACGAGCAAUUUUCCAUGUACACGCGGGAAAAUCCUGUCGCUCGUUCUCGCUCUCACACGCACCAUCUCUCUCUCUCUCUCUUUCCUGCCCGCUGCGGGAAGCAUGUCUGGCGUGUCCUCCCGCAGGUGCGCGAGCGGGCGGGCGCACACAUGAACACACAUGCCUAGUUGUGCCUAGUGCACACACAUGCACUCCUCCCCACUCCUACCCGAAAAACCCUCAUAAAACACUGCCGUGGCCCGGGAAAAUCGAGCCUUUCCACCCACAUGAAAAGGCGCUUCGCGCAAAACUGCAAUACUGCCCUCCACCCGAUGAAGCGGGUGGCUAAAGGGAAGGAGCGGGACGCCAAACAUAAUGGUGCAUCCAUGCGUGCGCGUGCCUGAUGCAUUCGGGUGGUGAAGAGGGGUGGGGGUGGAGGGAGUGUUUUUCCCCCCGCUUCUGUGUGUGUGUCGGUGUCGGUUGGUUUCGUAGCAAAGUGGAAAAACGAUGAGCGAGUUUUCCGACGACCCGCCCGCGGCGGCUACUUGGCUUCGCUUACCACCGGGUUUUGUGCUGCUGCUUGGUGGAGGGGGAAGAAAGGAGAGAGGUGGAAGGAAAAGGGGUGUGUUGCUAGUGCACCGUUGUUGCACUCUAUAGGUGUGUGUGUGAGAGAGAGAGAGAGAAAGACCGGGGCGUGAGCGUGGAGUGGAAAAAGGUGAGAAAUCGCUAAAGCAAAUCAUAGCAAAGCCGCACCACACGCUCCCAAACACCACUUGUAUUUUCCGUGUUGAAAAAGAGAGAGAAAGAGAGCGAUAGAGAGCAUGUGAAUGAGAGAGAGAGCGAGAAAAGAGGGAGAAUGUUAUUUUCCACCAGGGAAAAUCAAACAGCAGACGUGCAAGAAGCAGUUGCAGCAGCAGCAGCAGCAGCAAUAGAACGGUCUGCCAGGUCCUCUCUCUCUCUCCCUCUCUCUCUCUAUUUGCCUAACUCUCUCUUGCUCCCUCCUGAUGCAGUUUUGCUGCUGCAGUGUGGCGGUGUGGUGCAUCUGCAGUGCGAAAAGAAGCGGAAAAGCAAGAAAAACCGACUGAAACGAGUCGCCCGCGCCGCUGGUAAUUUACAUGGUAAAGCUAUGCCUGGUUUUUUGCUCGUUCUUGGGCUCUCUCUCUCUCUCUCUCUCUCUUGGUUGGAUUGGGCUACGAAAUUUCCCCCCUCGCUGUCUGCCGUUCAACAAGCUCUGGGGCAGUCUGGCGGGUUCUUUACUGUCUGUGGCCGUUUUUUGCAGCUCUAGCUGCGCUCUAGACGACGGGAAACCGAUUCCACCCUUGGUUUUGGCACGCGGCAGGAAUGCAAAUGCGACAAUGCAAGACGCACGCACGCACGCACAACCGAAUGGCCAAUACUAAGCUCCCCAAACACAGGCAGCAGUACAGAACGCUGCACAGCUCCAAAAAUAAAAACAAAAAAGGAAAGUGACUCGCCAGUUGUGUAGUAGAGACGGCAUUAGGGCCAGAUUUUUGGAGAAGCAAUGGGUCUGCAUCGCACCGGAAAUGUCACCAAGCUCGGUCGGAUGGGAAGAACUUUUGCUACAGCCAUAGAGAGAUGGGCAACGGAACAUAUCAAACGGAAUUGGUGUGCCUGUCUGGCACGAUGCAACGGAUGUUGGAAAACUCAGUGAAGCUUGAAGUCGCAAGAUAACACACAGCAGCAGCGUGCCAUUGGUGUGCCGUGGCUCGCGGGUAGUGGUAGGUGCUGGUUGGCAAUAAUGUGUCUCCGUCUCCGUUCGUGUCGUCAAUAGCGGGACAAACGGGAAGCGGCGGUGCAGUAUUCAAAUGGCUUGUCAACUGAUGCGCUUUGCAGCAUUUAACGUAUUCUUCCUGUUUCUGGGAAAGAUCCUGAGGAAAACGGGCGCACUGAGGAUAGUUCCACGUGGACGGCUACGAACGAACGAACAUCCCGGGACGUCGGGCGCAUCUUGUGGAAUUGAAUCAAUGAUUUUUUUUCACUCUUCUUCUUCUUCCUUCUAUCGCCUCCAUUAAUGUCCUUCCGUGAUGUGUUUUAUCCCGCUCGGCCCAAGCCCGGUGCAUCUAACACAGCGUCCACGCGACGACGUGGCUUAUCUUGGACGUGGAUGGGAUUUACUGGGUUAAGUAAAUUGACUUUUGAGUCCGUUCAGGCUUUGUCUCUUGUGUGUCUGUCGCUGUUCCAUAUUCAGGUCAUCCGUGGGAGGUUCGGGGUUCCGGGGAGGUCCAUGCGGGAGGGGGUUUAUGGGUGUGGCUGAAGACGACGUGUUCUCUAGCUCACACACGACACGGGGUUUUUGUCUUUCAAGUCGCUUCGCUGCGAAGGUAACGUGCAAGAAUGUUGGGAGCUUCUGCAUGUACUUGCAAGACAUCCAAGAGAUGGAAGACAUUCAGAAGACAUCGUUCCAUGUAAGUCCCAUUUCCAAAAGCCAAGAAAACAUAUUGGCAAGAAUCGAACAGGAAAUUGAACAUAUUUUUGUGCGGAACUCCAGAAGUCUUCUCUUCGCUUUGCUCCUCCUUGCCCUUUCAAUUCAUUUGCUCAGUUCUUCCAAGCAUCAACUAAAUGAAUUCGUCUGCACCUCCAAGCUCGAAACAAUUUACCACUGCAGAUCUAACUGCUGCGCUCACCGAGCAAGACACCCCUGACUCGUUGAAGUCUCCCCGUGCUUCUAGUGCUUUCGAUACACGCGCUGCUUUGGAGGGCGAACACAUUUUAUUUCCGUUUUGCUCGAGAUGAAUAUUCAAAUUAGUUAUUUUCGAUAUUGCAUUUCAUCUCGCUUCCCCAUUGCUCCCUCCCCCCACUGGAAUGCUCUGGAAAUUGGAGCUCGAACGUUUGGACAAAGAAACGUUGUACCUCCAAACCCAGCAGCAGCAGCAGCAGCGAGCUCUCUCCAUGGAGUUCUCCGGAACAACGCUCCCUGGUGGUGUCUCAUUACGGCCAAGCGACAAAUGUGUUCGUCUGCAGUGGUCAUAUUUUUGCGUUUUCUUUUCACUGCACUGUCUGCUCUCUUCACUGUCCCUUCUUUUUAUAGUAGGAUGGAUGAGAAAUUCAAUUUCACUAGUGGGGGGCGGGGAGUAAACAAACACGGGUCGAGAAAUGAGAUAAAUUCCCACAAAAAGUAAUUUUGUGGGUUUUUUUUUGUUGUUUUACUCUUCUCAUCGUUUGUGGUGGUGUGCUUUAUUAGACCGCACUAGCAUCAUGGUAGGCUCUAUCUAGGUGCUGAUGAAUUGAUUGCAUGUCCCAAGAAGAAGGGGUACCAAGGCACAAACGCUCGCGUACGAAAGCGCUCUGAGCCGUACCGAAGUGUACCCAACAUGGAAUGCAGCUCAAAAUGGAUAGGUUUCGACGUAACAACAUCGUCGAAAGAAAGAGUAAAAAAGGCACCUAAACGGUGGUUUUAUUUGUACUUUUUAUUUUCAAGCUAUAAACGGUGUAUGUCUGGUCGGCCCUUUUUUGUGUUAGGUUUUUGUGUUGCCCGUUUCUGGCUUACGAACGCUAAUCCUUCCUGUGUUAUCCCACCGAAACGCUUAAGUGCGAUGAGGUUGCAGAGGAACAGCACGGCACACAAAAGGGGCAAAUUGACGUGUUAAAAUCGUGUCCUCUUAUGUCUUGGCUGUUUAAACAACCAUUUAUCGUGCUGGGGGGGGGGGGGCGGGGUUUUCGGACAACAGCGUGCCCUUUUUGGCAGCGCAGCGUACGGGCGAACUUAACACGUACGUGCGAUGAAUUCCGAAUGCACAUUCUACACAACACUUCCACCCCAAAACUAUCUCAUCUCCAAUAAUAGACAAGUUUCUCCAGACAAGUUAGCCCCCCCCCCCCCCCGGGGUGGAGGGGAUGGUAGAUGAUGGGGGUAAGGAUGAGCAAGUGUAUCGGUUUCCAAAGUCCGGAGAUGUCCAGCAAUGCUUUUUUUGUUUCUCUCUCUCUCCGGUUUGUUUGUCAUGGCCGUGGGGUACAUUAAGGAUUCAACAGAAUCCCUAUCCCGCCACCCCAAAACGAAGAACCAGAAGGAAGAUACGCCUUCGGGUCGGUGGUUGUCUUCUACAUUUACAUAUUGUAUUGUCAUUUCCGUUGAAUGUUCAGUUUGCUGGGUGCAUCAGCUUUGGAAAAGAAAAGUGCAUUAUCCAUCCCUUGGGGUGGGGUGUGUUUUCUUUGUUUCCGGGCUUUUGGGGGUUGAGAUCCUGCCUCUGGAGGAUUUGCCAGGACAACUGACAAUGUGGAGCCCCGUUUUCUGUACAGCUCACAGUAUUUACUGAAGAAAGGCAAGGCGCAUAGUUCCUUGCCAACUGUCGUAACGUUACACACAGGAAAGGAUCAUCGCUGUCGCACCCAUGAUCCAUGAGUGCCCAGAAUUGGCUAUUCCUUGUUGUCUGGGAUCAUUGGACACAAACAAACACACACACAAAAAAGCAACAUGAUGUCACGUUUUUUGUUUGAAACCAGUGGAACGGUCUCCAAUAAAAAAGGAUUUCGUUCGUCUUUAGAAUAAUUAAUGACUAUUGUAUCCAAACAGCGUUUAGGCUUUGGUUGGUUUGAUUUGUCGGUCUCAGCAACAAACACUACGUGAUAAGCUUCCCCAACGCUCAAAAAAGCAGGGCCUGGGAUAUCAAAGCAUACCGCAUGAAGAAGGGUCGUGUACUGGACAGUAGUUCCCGGGGCAGGCAUGACAUCGGCGGAUCGGUGUCGCACUUUUGGAUGAAUGGGUGAAAAGAACUUCAACCCCAAAACAGAAAAAGGUGUUUAGAAAUGAGGAAACAAAACCCGGGGGAACCCGGGGAUGGAAAAAAGAGUUUUACAUAUUAAUUUAAGCUCUCACCAACGCUUUUUUUUCUUUCUUCUUCUCACGGGUUGUUUGAAGACUACGAGCGCAUUUUAGGAAUCUCUUUAGGCCGAGUUGGUUGGUUGAUUUUUUAAUGCAGAUAAUCGCUUCCCUUUUGCUCUUCGGAGUGCUUCAUUCGGAGCGUUCUGAACGGGCAAAAAACAAGAAUAGAGGGGGUUGGUACACCGUACCGUAAACAUAGUUUUGGCAUUUGCAUAAUGAGGUGAUGUUCUCUCUCGCUUUCUCCUUGUCGCUCACGCGUACUCAGUGCGAUGAUUGACACAUUGCGCUACGUACGUCUUCAUCACUUGUGGCACCUUAAUCUUUUUUGAGGUUGCUGUUGUUGAGUGGCAUCCUCCCCCGGGGAAAGCGUUUGUUUGCGGCGUUGACGCUCUCUCGCUCUCUAUCUCUCGUCAUGCUAAUCAUGAUUUGUUUGUUUUAUUUUCAUUAGCCACAGACACACAGCCACACACAAACUCCACUCAUCAUUCCCACUGUGAGUGAGGAGCAAUUAAUGUCAUGUCACUAUUUUUAAUCGCCGUCAUUGUUUUGUUACCUCUUCUCUUGCCCUGCCAACUUGGGUGUGUUGUGCAUAUCCAAAUCUCCGCGACCGCGAAGCUUAAGUAGCUUUAAGACUAAUUUUCUUGCUCCCCUCCACCAUUUCUUCCGCCUCCAUCGCACUGGUCAUACAAACAAUUUUUUGUAGGAUGGAAAAUUCAAUUCCCUCCAUCACAGGCAUGAAAACGAUUGCAAAGCGGUUGGUCUUGUUUUAUAUGGGGCUUUAGCAGAAAACAGCAGAAAACAAGGUCGUGAUGGUUUCGGCUGCAGCACCGUACCACCUUCUCCUGCUCCUGUACCACGUCCACGGCCAGGUUAAUGGACGGCGCGGUAUUAAAAAAGGCAACACACACAAAAGAGUGACCCUUUGCGCGGGAUGCUUCUGCUUGCUUGUUGGGAGACUUUGUCUGGCAAAGACAAUGUCUCGGGACAUUUGUUGGUAGGUUUCUCGUACCGAGCCUCCCCCCGUUUCGGUCAUGUAAAUAUCGACCUCUUUUCCCCCUGCUGAACUGGUGUGUGUGUGUGUGUGGGUAACACUGUACUUCGACGGGAUUGGGUACACACACUGGCCGGUACGGUCCACCUUUCAUGCCUUCAGGUCUGUCUGAAGGAAUUGAAGUAGAAGACGGUCCGCUUCCCCUCAUCAGCCCCCCCCCCCCCCCCGCACUGGUAUCAUCUUCUCCCCGAUGGGCUUCCUCGGGUGUUACUGUGUGUCUGUGUGUUUGUGUUGGAGUUGUUGGAAAAUUCUUCAACUUCAAGAAACACGAGCAUAUGAUGGGCCUGGUGGCUCGUGGUGAAUAUGCUUGAACUCCGGACAGCAUGUGUGUAUGUGUUGCAGGAGGCCUGUUUUGGCUUUUGUGUGCCUUCCAUUCAUUCUUUACCGUCGUCUCCCGUCUUCCGUGGUCUUUACGGCACGAAAAUGGAAGUCAUAAAGAAGAAAAAACCAGCCCCGUACGACGGUGGUGUGCGUGUACCUGCCCGUGUGUUCGUUUCCAACCCCCGCUUGAGAAGGGUGGAGAGAGGGGUGCAGAACUUGAGAACGCGCGCAGCAGCGGCAACACCCCACUGUCAAGGGGGGUGCAACACAUCUAGAGAGAGAGAAAGAGAGAGGAUCGAAAGGAAAAACCGGUUGCGGUGCGAUGAACGCGAAAGCCCAAAAUGACGCAAAGGGAAGAAGACUUGGGGCGGAGGGUGAAACAAGGGCCCACAAAUCGAUCGACAACGACGCGCGAGGAGGCGUUCGGCCUCCGCUCCGUUCCCUCCUUGUGGUCACUUUCAGCCACGAAGAGAGAGAGCGAGGGAGCGAGAGAGAAAAGAACGCAAGAAAGAAAAAAGGGUUUCAGGCUUAUGUGUUUUCGUACGGUUUUUGGGGUGCUUUCUGCUGUUGCGACUGUUGUGUGGUGGAGGUUUUGAGCAGCUUUCGGGUGAGCAGUUUGGGGAGAUGAAGGUCCAAAAGGCUCGGUAACACAGACAUAAAUUAAGUGGUGCUAUGUUGUGUGUUGUGUGUGGCGUGCGCGUCUCCUCUGUACGGCUCGCAACACAGGAACGGGCGGAUUGGGGAUUGAUGUGUAGCUGUAUGUGUGUGUAACGAAACAAGAAAAUUAGAACGCACGUUUUUAUCGCUCUCCCUAUCGUUCUGUGUGUGUGUGUGUGUGGGGGGGGGGGGGACGGUUUUUCGGGACCCUUUUCUUUCGGGUGGGGGAUGCUGACGAGCAUGGAAUUUAUGUUUUUCGUUUUCUCAUCGCUGCCGCAAAACGAUCAGCUGAAUUUGAUCAGCUCCAAUCCAUUGUAUGGGAGGGAUAGAAAGAGAACGAGAGCGGGUGAGAGAGAGAUAGAGAGAGAACGAGAAGAGCUGUAAGAUACUUAAGAAGCAAUGCACGUGCAAUGCUGUUCCUGCUGUGGGCUGCUGCUGCAUUCCGCCUUCGUGCUGGGAAGCCGCCUUCGUGCAACAAAGUCAUUCGUGCAAAAGGCGCGUUUGUGUGUGUGUGCUAGCUUCUCAAGCUUCCCCAAAACGAAGGCAGCCGCGGUGCCCAGUGUGUGCAUCUCCAUGAUUUAUUUCUUGUUUAAUUCCUGCACCAGCUCCGCUUUCACACAAGCGUCAGACGAGCUGCUUUUUUAUGGUCGUACCGUGCACUGGGCUUUUGGAAGGAAUGAGCCCACGACGGUUGCAUCUAAGAACUUCUGUGUGUGUGUGUGUGUGUUUGUGUGUGUAUAAAGCACCCGCGCGAGCCCGUAAAAGAUGAUCGGUGCAAUUAAGAACAACUGUCAAGUGAUCGCUUCACCGGCUCAGCUGCUGUUUCUUCUGCUGGGGUUUGGGAGGGCUUUUUGUCCUUGUUUUUAGAGGGGGUAGAUCGAGGAGACAACCACCUUCAUAGAAAUGGCAUUUUAGUGUACACAUUAAUAAGAGAGGGCUCUAAAUUAACCUGAAAAUUGCACAGUGCAAUUUAAGCGAGGCUUAAAAAUAUGGCCUUUCCACUUGGCUAGAACACCAAUUUUGGGGUGUGAUUUAUUUGAAGAACUUUUCAAACUAAUUUUUAACCUGAAAAAAAGGAACAAUUGAGGCCCCAGAGCAGCAACACCCAGCACAGAGCGGGUGCAGCACUAGAUAGUCGUCGCGCCGUAAGACUUCUGGUGCGUCAGAGUAACCGGGAGAAUCCUUUCCUUGCGAACGCGCACCAGGGAAAACCCUCGGUGAAAUAAAACCCCUUAACUGUGCAAUGGGGCUGUGGGAGGUGGGCUGCGGGUGGUGCAUAAGCCAUCUUAUGUGCGUCUGGAAGUCGGCCUACUCCAGACGUACACACACACACACGUUCACAGUGAGCAACGCAGUGGCGAACGCAAACGCGUACGUCGCAUAGAGGGGGAUAGGCUUUGGUGAAACAAAAACCUUUUUUGCAAGGAAAAACUCCUGGAAAAACACCCGUUGGAAACACAACACUCUUGCACACGUUUGCACACACGUACGACUAAUUCCUGCAGGGGUUGAUGGGUUUUUUUUGCUUUGCUAGAAACACAUAGAAACACACAUAACGGGGAGGGCAAAAGAAAAGCGAGUUUGCAAAAGACAAGAGUGUGCAGUAUGGGUGGACGACGGUUCUUGGGCCGGUUUGAAAUAGCAAAAUUGUGCUUCUGUGUGUGUGCGUAAACAGACGACGCUAGUUACUUUGUGUGUGUUGACUUUGUUGCGGGGUCUGGUGCAAAGGCCUGGGCAAAGGGGGAGUUAGAACCGUAAAAACCCCGUGCAACACUUGGCUGAACGCAUUAACUAGCCUUCGUAUAUGCGUAUGACGGUUGCAGUCGGUGAUGUGAUUUACGAUUUAUUAAAUUGGCUCUGGUUGUGUGUGUGUGUGUGUGUGUGUGUGUUUGCUGAAGUGUGUUGUUGUAAGGGAUCAUGUGCGCUGCGCGUUCUGUGAGAAAUCUAUUCAAAUAGCGGAAAAUUCAUCAUUUGCUAAAUGGAAGGGCGCAAGGGUCGCCAAAGAACAAGGGUUACGCUUGGUUGUUUAACUAGCGUGGAUUAAUACAAACAUAAAUAAUAGAUAAUUCUUUUACAUUAAAGAAGAUAAAUGGUUUUUAUUUGAGAUUUCAAUUGUGAUUUGCUUCUUUUCUUAGCAUCCAAAUACAUUGUUGAUGGUUUUUGGGAUAUUUGAAGUAUUACCAAGCACAGUGACAAGGGUAAUACAACUUCCAAGUACAUCCCAGGUAUAUGCAAUUCUUCUUUUUCAAUACUUUUGACACUCAAAUCAAUAUUUGAAAAGAAAAAUUGUAGAAAAAUCAUUUAAAUGUCUCUCAGACCUUUCAAAAGGGAAUACAAAACGAGGCAUAAACUUUGCACUAAAUGCUCGAGCACUUCCCCAAUUUUUAGGGUUUGUUGAUGUUGAGUUUAAGCGUUAUAUUAGAGAUGGGUUAAGUUAAGGCUACAAAUGUGGAGUCGUCUCAGAUCCGUCUCAGAAAAUUUCGGAGCCAACUUCGAAAGGUAGAUCCGCCCAACAUUAUCAGGAACCGUUUUAAAUCGUCUGGAGCCGUUGGGAGUCCGACCAGAGUCAUCCGGAAGUUCGAGUCGAUGGAAGUCUGGGUCGUCCGGAGUUAUGCAGAGAUAUGGUGGGUGCUCAAAGAUCCUGUCGUGACGGACGAAGCUGGGACUAUAUAGUACCUAUAUAGUUCCGGUACUCACAUACGCCUCUGAGACAUGGACACUGUCCAAAUAUGACGAAGCCCUCUUAGCCGCGUUCGAGAGGAAGAUGCUCAGAAGGAUACUUUGACCGGUAUGUGUGGAAGGACAAUGGAGGAGCCGCUAUAAUGACGAGCAAUACGAGAUGUACGGCGACCUCACUGUCGUACAGCGUAUCAAACUCGCCAGGCUCCGGUGGGCUGGCCAUGUUGUACGCAUGGAAACGGAUGACCCAGCCCGUAAAGUCUUUUUAGGCCAUCCACAAGGACAGAGGAGGCGUGGUAGCCCCAAAUUAAGGUGGCAAGAUGGCGUGGAGGCGUCCGCCAUUAAGGCCGGGAUAAUGGACUGGUAGACGAAGGCGCGAGACCGUGAGCGGUUUCGGACACUUCUGAGGCAGGCCAAGACUGCAAAGCGGUUGUAGCGCCGGAUAACUACAACUACAUGGUGGGUGAAUUAUGUUUGUGGUCAGGCAUUUCUUCUCCAACUUCGACUCCUGAAUGGUAAAGUCGAAAGAAUGGUCUGUCUUAGAAGCGCACGCGCAAACCCACUGAGGAAAGCAAACACUCAAGAAUCAAACGUCGCCGGUCAACUUCCGACUCCGCUCGACUCCAGCCGACUCCGGACGACUCAGGACGACUCUGUCUCUGGGAGGAACUAUUGAUUCCGACUUUGAUACAGCCGAAAUCGCACAAACAGUAGCCAGAGUCGGAUUGGAGUUGAGAUCCUUCAAAUACUACUGACGAUGAACUCCUCCCAAAGAAGCGAAUAUUAAUUCAGUUUAAUCUGUUUGCAUCAUUUUUGCUUCCAUUUCAUUUUUAAUACAGAAGUACAGUCGGUUGUCCUUCUCUAAUGUUUUUGAAAUCCUUUCAAUGAACUGGAAAAGAGGUUCUAAUGGGAGGCCCUGUUUACCAAAAAAAAAAAAAACCAGCUUAAACCAUUCCCUCCAAAAUGAAUUAAAACCCUUUUUUUUGCCACCAUUCCAUCACACCAAACAGACGCUUGGCAGACGCAAGUACAGCCAUCAUCACUUUCCAUCUUUAAAAUGUUUUUGGGAGUUAAAAAUCCCUUCCUCCACACUCUCUCUUCCUCUCCUAGUUGGCUGUUUUCCCUUCGUCCUCCUCGGUCAGCCGGAAUGGGGCACCGGAAAAAUAUCCGGAAGGUAUGCCGCCGGGCAGACGCGACCAUACCUGAAACAGCUCGCUCGCUUGGACGUCAAAAGUUUUCAGAGAAAAAAAAAACCAAGCAUAGCACAGAAAAGAAGCAGUAGUAGAAGAAAAAGAGCACUACCAAACAAAAUAAAAACCUCCCACAUCAACCUCCACGAAAAUAAAGCACGAGGAAAAAAGGUCGUGCGUUGAUACCGCGAUAAAGAAAGGUCGCUCCAGUCCGUCCCGGGUCUAGUAUGACACCUGUCAAAAAAGAAAACGGCCAGCGGGGCAAAGCGUGGUGAGAUGACACGUCCGAGGGUGGGUUGGGUGGGACAGUGAGAAAUAUUCUCGUACCCUUCGCCCGCCCGGCGAGUCCCCGGCCCGGCCGGCGUUUGGCAUUGGCCAUGAAUUAUUGAUGGCACUUCCAUAAACAAUCUCAUCUUCUUUUCAAACCGCCCUACUACCCCAUUCACCGCCUCAACCCCUCCCCACAAACACGGGGUCGGACAUCCGGUUGUUCCGGUUUGUGUGUUUGUGUGUGUCUAUUUGCUGCUGCGUGGCCUCAUUUUCGGGUUUUGUAGCCUUUUUUCCUCCUAUUUUCUCUCUUUCCCGCACUCUCUCUCUCUCUGUUCAUUCCAAUCGAUGAAAAAACACGUUGGGAACUAAAAGUGUGUGUGUGUGGGUGAGAGGAGGAGGAAUGGAGGGAAGAUCCUUUUUUCGCAUUCGUCAGACACUAAUUGUGUUCCUGGCGUGAGCGGCAGCACUCUCCCAACUCCGUCCCAUGGUACGCUCUUUCCCCCCCAAAUAUCACUCAUCCAAAAACGAGGACGAUUGAAAACUUUCAUCGGAAAACACUUUCUCUAACGCUACGCCGGAGGCGGGGAGAAAGGGAGUUGGAAGUUGGAAGGUUGCUUUUUUGCUUCAAUUUCCCCGUGCUAGCUGAAUUCGAUCCCGUUGUCAGGGGGAGCGUUUUAAGGGCUUUUUUGGUUGCUUUUUUUUUGGGGAAGGGAAUUGCCUCCAUUUUGUGCUUGUAUGCUUUAGAUGUCACUCAAACCUCAAUUCCGGGAUACAUGAAAGAGGGUGGGAGGUGAAAGGGUACGCGCGUGUGUGUGUUUCAAUUCUAACAGCUUAGUUCCUGCUGCUGAUGCUGGUAGAAGAAGAAGAAGAAGAGGAUGCGGAAGAAGCAGCUGAGUUGACGUUUAAUCGAUGUUUCAAAACUCCCCCCCGACCAGGAACGCAUUGAUGAAGGACGCGAUUUGUUAAAAGGAGCGGUUGCUUUCUGUGUGUUGUGGGUCACGCAGAGGUGAAAUGAACUUUUUUGAAUCAUUGCGUGUCAGACACACACUCACACACACACGUACGUUGAUUGAAAGAAGUAAUAUGCAAAGCUGUGCCUUUUUUUCGGCAAAAGCCUGAAAAAGCACAACGGGGGCGAUGGAGGAAGUACCCAAUGACGCAUACGCAUGUUGACAAGAACAUUUGCGUGUAUGUGCUGUUGAGGGGCGAGGAGUGGAGCAGCAGCAGCAGCAGCAGCAUGCCAAGUGAAAGACAUGAUUAAUCAUCUUUUUUUUGUGCCUGCUCCCCGGUGUUUCGCCCCUGCUGCUGCACAUAUAUUCUAGUUUUCUAUUCAAUGCUGAAGGGCGGACUUUCGGCGGCACUCCGCGUUGGAGACAUUUUUCCAUAAAUCUUGCCCCAAAUGUCGUCGAUCAUUGAAUACCCGAUGUUACUGUUACUCGCUCACUUCUUCUACGAUGUUGUAGCGUUGUCGUCGUUAUCAGCCAUCGUGGCCCAAUAUUGGACGUCGUUUGCGGUGCGGUGCGGCGCCAUUUGACAGCGCGGAACACAAAGCGUUCGACAUGCGUUUAUUAUUAUUUAAUGCCAAAUGGGACCCAGCGUUGACAAGCCUCCGGAGGGAGAAGGAAGAGGUUCGAUAUUGUAUAUGAAAAAGCAUUAAUUUAGGCACAUGUGUGUCAGACAUUCAAUGCAUAUUCUGUGCUGGGAGGUCAUCAAUAUUGUUGGAGGAUAGCUUGGAGUAUGGAAAAAUAUCGAAAUAAUGUAUUCUUAAACAAAAUUUGUGAUUUUGAUGAAUAUCCUAACGAUUUACUAGGUCCUAAGGAUAUCCUGAGUCUCAAGGAUAUCCUGAGUCCCAAGGAUAUUCGGAGUCCUCAUCUUGAGAAUAUCUGCAAACUAUGUUUCAUAAACUUCAAAAAGGUCUCAAGCAUCUCCAAUUCGAUCUGCAUGUAGAUGUGAGCUCUGAAUAAGAGUGAAUGAGUGAUUUGAAUCUAAAAAAUUGACGGUUGGAACUCAACUCUUCAAGAUUGAGCUUAUCCAACUCACCAGCACUCUGAGCAGGUUAUCGACUCACUCAGAGUGAUUUGAAUCAUAAAGGAGUGAUGAGAUACUCGGCGAGAAGAAUCAGAUUGAAAUUAAUCACAAAAGAGUUCUUUCGAGCGAAGAAUGAGCGAGCUGAGCUAUCAAAGAGUGAUAUGAGGAGAGUUAGUGAGUUCAGUAAUACGAACGAAUGAGUUGCUCUGAAGUCCUCCAGGACUGUUGUGUUGCAUUUUUGAAGUCCCCAAAAAAGUGAGCUAAAGAUUCGAAUUCUUGCAACCACUCUUCCAGUCCUGACACUCCGAACUCCAACUGGAAAGAGUGAUUACUCUCCCCCCGAGCUCCGUACAGGCACUCUUAUCACAUUGAUUUAUUUUUCAACAAGGAAAAAUAGAUUUUCUGGCCCCGAAAAUUCAUUGGCCUGUUUUUUUGGGUCUCCACUUACUCCUCACUCCUUCCUUUCCCUUCUCGCCCUGUCGAUAGCUUGAUUUGGGUUCCAUGGGUUUUGUUGUUCCCCCCCCCCCCCCCUCCCAUCAACCCACAUAAUCAAUCUUUUGUUUGGCUCCGAGUUUGUUUGGAAUUUCUUCCGGGGAGAUCUUCCUAUUCCCUAGCAACAAAAGGCAAAAGUGUGUCUUCACGUAACAGGACAACGAUUGUGUUUGCAAACACAAAGGCCCGAUUACAACCCGAAGAAAAGCCUUGCGAGGUAUGCCCCACUGCAGCUCCCGAGAUCCUGAUAAGGUGAAUUGAACGUAUUUUCCGCACGCUCUUUGCCUGACACGGAAGAAUUUCGGCUUGAUUUUCUCGGCUGUGUUCGUCGACAUGUUCUCCGAUACCCCCGAACAGCCCGCUGAUUUGUGUUCAUCGCGAAUGUCACAAAAUACAGCAGGCGCCGCCACAGGAUAUGCAUACCGAGCGCAUUUUUAUGGUGGCAUUUCUUGGCCACCCGAAACACACGAGAUUUAUUUGCUGUCGAGGGUGAACGAAAAACGUGAAAAAGAACAAACUGUCGGGAUCAAUCCUCCCCUGCGCAAACCAAAGAAGAAAAAAAAAAAACAACACCAGUCUCCUACCCGAAAAUCUAAACAGAAAAUCUUGCAAAAAAUCUACAAUUCAAGAUUCAACAUCGGUUGGUGGGAGGUGAAAGUUUCACUCGAUAGAGAAAAAAAAAUCCCCUCCAUGCAUAGGAAAAAAAAGUUUGCACACAGGGAACACACACAGGGCGUGUGGAGCGCGCAACACACGCUCGCGAAAUACUGGCCGCGACGGAAGCAACGGAAGCACAAAUUUAUUUUAUUUUGCCACAAACUUUUCCCUUCAUCACGUUCGGCGUGGAAGUUUUUUUGUUUUGCCCCCCCCCCCCCCCGCCACCCCCGAAGGCAAUGUGAUUAAGGCGGAAGGUUUUGUUGUUUGGUUUAGUCCGUGUUUUUUUUUCUUCUGUUCUGUCUCGGUUUGCUGAUCGUUCCUUCGUUCGUUUGUGGUGGUUUGUGCUGGCAGAAAUUCAGAAUCCUCGCACUCUUCAGUAAGUUAAGCGGUAGUGGGUGUGUGUGUGUGUGUGUGUGUGUGUUGGGUAGAAUUUGCUUUCCCGGCACGCAUUGCUGCAAUCGUGUAAGCGAUUUGUAACGUUUCCGUGUAGCGCGCGGCGCACUAAAGCAAGCAACAACACAAACCCAAUCUUAACGUAGUUUGAGUGAGUGUGUGUGCUUUCCAAACGCAAAAAAGUUCAGCACACGGCGGUCUAUCCCUCAUAUCACCACACUUUUCAACUCGUUUUGCUAAGAGUUUUACUAUUCGCGUCACUCCACUCGUUGGCUCGCAUUUAUCUGCGCUUAAAGCAGCCCGAUAAGAUAAAGACUGUGAUUCUGUGUGAUGUUUUUCCCUUUUCGCUUUGCUGGAGCUAAUGGGAACGAUUGAGUUUUUUAAGUGAGCCAAACAGCAUGAAAAGAAGGAAUGGAAAAUGGGAAAAGCUCCAGCUCUCUAGGAUAGGUUCGUGUUUUUUUUUUGUUUUCUGUGGAGAUGUUUUAUUACUUUACUGCCAACCGAAAGUCUAGUUUGGAGUUGUUUCGCUGCUUUUUCUUUCUUUUGAAUGGAUAGCUGCUGCUGCUCCAGGAGGAUGUUUUCUAAUGGCCCCGGGAAUGAGGAAAUGAUUGGCGACAUUUUUCAUUGCCCAAACCACUGCCACCGAUCCGAUGAUUCCGUGCGAUAGUCCGCCGCAUGCCGCAUCAACAUUAGCUCUGUACUUUCGCUUUCGUUAAAGCCGACCAAAAACGGCAAAACCCGACCCAGGAGACCUAGAUCCAAGGUUCCUGUAUAACGCAAGCCAAACAAGGCGUUGGCAGAAGCGCUAGAGAGGUUGUGUUUUGCUUUGAAAUUUACAUAAUUUAAAAGCGUUUGUUUUUGUAUUAUCAGUAUCUGUAACUUUGCAAAGCCUUCGUACAAAUUGGCGCCUUAAAGUAUGCAGUGUGUAUGACACAAGCGCGCUUAUUAGCGCUUUUCCAGCAGGCCUGCUUGUUGCCGCUUGGGAAAACACGGACGGACGGAUCGAUCGUAGCGCCUCGUCUGUCGUUAAUUCACGCUGCUGCUCCAUUCAUUCCGCCCUGCUAUCAUCAUAAAAAAGCUUCCUUUUUUUCUACGAAAAAAAAAAGCAUCUCCCACAGGAGUAGAAAAGUUAGGCAAUCUCUCCGGCCUUCUUUCCCUCCCCUGCCAUCCUUUUUUAUUUUCUAUUCACCCGCGGCGGAACCCUAUUCGUUUGAUUUAUGCGCUCGCGUAAUGAAAUCUUGGUCCCAUUCCCCCCCCCCCCCCUAAACUGCUACGCGAGGUGAUGCGAACGCCCAGCAGCGUUUAAUACGCACGCAAUACAAAUGGCGCAAGCAUCAGCGUUUGCCGGGGAAUGGUGGUGGUGGUGCAAAAUUGCUCUAAAAGCCAAAACAGCACCGACCAAUUGGGGGGGGGGGGGGAAAGGGAUAAGGAAAAAGGCAUAAUAAUAUGCUCCCUUAUGGGCCCCAUAUUUGUGCUCCACGCGCAGCCUCUCACCGUUGGCUCUUGCUUGCGCUGGUUUCGUGAUUGCUUGUUUGCUACCCGCUCGCUCGAGUGUGAUGUACGGCGUCUGGGCGUGUGCGGCAUGCCCCGGAAAAGUGUCACACACUUGGGCCUGUCCGCGGUUGAUUGGCCGCUUUUCCAUCUUGCCGUUUUGGCGCACGAUAAAAUGUGAAGCAAGAGCUAAUAGUCGUCGUUAGGUGUCGCGGGUUGAAGCUGUUUCGCUCCUAAAAUGAUGUCCCCGCUCGCCCCUGCUGGUACAAAUUCAUUGCCCGCCCUGUGUCAUCGUGUGUUGGUUCUGUCAUGGCUGCUGCUCAAAUAAGCAGCAACCAAAAAAAAAAAAAAAAGAAAAGAGUCAACCUCGCGAUGGAGACGCAUGGCCUUUUUCGUUACCACGUGGAGUGUAGGUUGUUGCAUUGGGUGAAAGGGAUGGAAGGGGAGGACAAAAAAGGGGUGACAACCCCCAGUCACACUGCUGUCUGUCAAACGGUCGACGUGUGUGUGUGUGUGUGUGCGCAUGGUUGACGCGCCAUCAUUUGCUGCCACUGCUUCACGCCAGCCAAACGGAACAGCUUGACAGCUGAGAAAACGGGUGCCUUCGAAUUCGGUUUCUCUCACCUGACACACACACGCCACCACCGCGCCGAUAAUGCCGAAGAUGGAUGGUGACAACAACAGAAACAGCAUAAAAAAGGUACAUACUGGAAACAAACACACACACACACAGGCAACUAAAGAGCAAAAGAGAUGGGACGACGAUGCGUUUGUCACACUAAUCUUUCACACGUGCGUGCAUUGGUUUGCGUUGUCAAGCAGUCGCGGCCUGCCUGCCUGCCCGCUGAUCGGAAUGAUUGAUGUCUGUAUGGGAAAGGGUGGGUGCUGCUGGGUGGUGAGUGGUGGGAGCUUCUUCCCUGCCAGAUUGGCGAAUAGAAAUGGAGAACAAAAUCGGCACCAGCUAAAAGAAGAUGUAAAAGAAAAGUGUACUGCAACGCAACGCACGGCAGAAGCCGCCCUCACUGUUGGGAUGAAUAGCAAAUACAGGGGGAAAGAGAAGGGGGAAAGAGAAGGGGUGGAAAACGGGGUGCUGUGGAGGCUUGCUGUAGGUCUUGAUUUCUGAGGCGCUGGGUGGAAAGCCCCCGUAUCAAAGCCCGCUUGUUUCAAUUACCGUAUUCUUGUCACCUAAACCCGUUCCCUCCUGCCUUUCACUCGGUUGUCUAGUUUCUUGCGUGUGCUGCCUUCUUUUCUGCCUUCUUUUCAGCGAAAAACUCGCACACAGUGCACGAGCCAAGCUCGAUAGAUCAAGAUAGGACGGGGAAAAUAGAAAGGGGCACCCACACACGCCUAGAGUAUUGCUCUGUGCCUCUGUGCUGUAACGCCUACACGCGAUCGAGCGAGCAAGACAGAGAGAGCGAGUGAUGGAAAGGGCAGGGAGCAAGAUAAAAACAUGCGACGCCUUAGGUGGCAUGAUGAUGGUACGCUCCAUAUUUGGAGUGGCCACACACGCCAGCACAUUUUUACAACACGCGCGCGCGAGAACGCUUUUUAUGCGCGCCGUCUUCUCUCCGUCGUCACUCGCUUUUUGAGCUUUUCAGCGAGCCGUUUGAAUCUGUUAGUGAAGCAGCGGACGCGUGUGUGGCUUCUAAUUUGCUAUUACAGCGAAGAAAGACACGCCAUGUGUGGAUUUUACUGUCCUGGCAAAACUGUUUAUUGUGCAGCUUCUUCUCACUCUCUGAGGUCUGAGGUCGGAUACGUUGGUGCGAAGCAUUUUGUACGGAAAUUUGUGCUGUGGAGAUCACCGUGACGUGUGUUGUUUGGUGUGCUUUGGAAGGGUAAGCUCGAUGGUGUAGUAAGUGGGUGUAAAAAACUACUACUGUAUUGCUAUUUUCAACGUUUCUUUGGGUCAAAAAAGAUUGACGUACUAGGAGUGUCUGUCUUAUAGAGUGAUUUAGAAGAUGCUAAGCUCUUUUGCUACUGCUCUUUGCGAAGUAUAAAAUUCCAUUUGCUUUCAAAUAUUGAAUUUUUGCUGUAAUUCAUAGUCCUUCAUCAAUUUUUGUCUGUUUUUAGGUUUUCAUUGUGCUUUUGCCUUACUUAAUUCCAUGUAUUAGACCUAUAUGCGUACACGAAAAAGCCGUAGUGGUCCAAUUUUUGUGUUGUUUCAUUUUGAUAUUCGAUCGCAGAACCGCAAUGUCAGUAGAACGCGUACUUAUCGAUUCGAAUACGAGCGCUGAUCCCUUCCGGAUCGUUUCAAUUGCACUAGUAUCGUACUAUUUCAAUAGAAAUACUACUCUAAAGAAAGAAAAUUGUAUAUUUGGAGCAAAAGCGCCCCAAAACAGAUUUCCAAACCAACUCUAAAAGCUUAAACUGAGCUCUUCAUGGUCCAGCAAGCGUACGGAAUACUUUUAACCCAUCCUAUUCUAAUGUAAUAAGCACGUGCUGGACAAAAAAACACUGUGAGCCCAGAUUUGUGGAAAAAAGUUUUCCAUUUUUAUAGUGGGUUAAAUCCCUUUUCCCCAUUGUAAAAUGCACACAUUUUUGCACGCUCCGUAGUGGGUAAAUGCAUCGUUGCACUUAGUGGCGAGGAGCUGCCUCUCCUUACCCUGUGCGACAGACACAAAACACACACAUGUGCAGUAGCUGAAUGCAGUUCUUCCUUUAGUGUGGGGAGAAAAGGGAAAAGAGGACAAUGAAUGGAAGGGGCUGGUGGCUGGCAACCCAAAGUACACUAGAAAAAUGGCACUGGGCGACUGGGACGUUUCUUUUCUUUUUCUCUCUUUUCCUCUGUAAAGCAUACAGACACACACACUGACAAGAAAAAAAAAAUACUGCCGACCACCGGAAAAGUAAGUACACGGCACAAAAUGUUGAAAAGGAUGUGUUGGAGAAGAGGUGGACACACGGACACACAUACGCAGAGGGGGGGAAGUGGAGUGGAAAACCCCCAACAAGAAUAAGACCGGGUGUGCACACACAUGGUGGCUUGCUGGGAGGCGAAGCAAAAAGUGUCUCGCAUGAGGAUUGUAAUUCUAGCGCAAAGAAGCGGGUGGAAGAGAUUGGUAGGAAGAGGCUUGGGUUAUGCACUUGUAUGCGCUCUUCACACGUCGUUGCAUUUUCCGCUCCUUCCCUUCUGGGGGGGGGUGGGUGGAAGGGUUUUGUUCCACCCUCUUUCCUCUUAAUGUACUUUUUUUGUACGCGUUUUGCUGCUUCCUUCGCGGUGCAUUCGUCUGUAAGGGAUGUUCGUUCAACGUUCAAGAGUCGCCCGUUUUAGUCACAUUUUCUUCUCUUUACAACACCCAGCGCUAUUUUCCAACAUCUCUUGUCCUUUUACCACACACACACACACACACGCACGCCGGUGACGCGUCACUCAUCGUUUACAAUGUCUGGUGCCAAACAAGGUACACACACGCGCGCGCGAACCUUAUUCUUCUGCCCGGACAGGAGACAGAAUGCCUGGGGAGUGUGAGGACCUAACUUCCGUCUGUCUAUCUGAGGACACACACAUGUGGAAGGUAUGUGCAUCCAAAGAGACAGAGAACAAAAAGAAGACUACAUGACGGUGUGUGGGUGUUCACAAAACCUUGCUGAAGGUGCAAAAGCAGCCUAUGUCGUCCCUUUUUUUUCGUUGAACUUCUACCGAUUUUUCUGCAAACUGUGACGACCCAACACUCUCGGCCGGUGUAAAAUGUAUGUAUCGGCGUCGCGUCUAGUUUGAGGGUUGACUUUUUUUUGUCGCUGUCACACACUGCAACCCUUUCUCGAAAGGUAACUUCACUUGUUUUGGUGCACUGCGAGAGUGACUUCUAUUCACAUGAACUCCGCAAGACCUCUCGUGUGAGUGUGUGUUUGUUGCCAGAAGCGAAAAAAAAGAGUAGCAACCAGCUUGUAACUCCACUGCAGUCCUCACAGUGUUACAUGAAAGUUUACACCUUUGUAUUUUUUUUUCUGCUACGUUCGCGGACGACAAUGUACAAAUUUGGGCUAAUCCCGACCCAUUUGCGCCUGUCCGCCUGUCUCCAUCGCUUCUAGGCGUCUUGCAGCAGGCCCCUCGUAACGGCCCCCGGUAACGAAGGCAAGUGGAUGGGAAGGGUUUAUUUCAGCACCUUUUAAGGGUGAAUAUUUGGCAUUAUUUUUCAAUUUUACGACCCGAUGUGUUUUGCGACCCAUACAUACACUGACAUGGAGAGGUGCGAAACGUGUUGGAAGCUAGAAACUGCCAGCACGAAGCUAAACCUAAAGGUGGUGGAGCAUUUUUUUUUUCUUCUACCAUCCCGUCUCGUUCUAGCCACUAAUGGGAGGACGUUUGAGGAGCUUACCUGUGGCCCCAGGAAGGAUAGGGAAGGAAAAAAAACGAACGAAUGCCAGCGAGCAAAACACAUUUGUAACUGACUUUAUGACGUUUUCACUUCACGCUUUUAUGGUGAUGAUGAUGGCGACGAUGGGACGCAGGAGGGGCACGAUGGAAAGAGGUGUAUAGGGAGCACACAAACAACACCGAUCGAUACCGUUGAUACACGCUACCUGGUUGCGUGAGCUUUUGCCGGCUGUAAUUUCUUAGCCUGCAAGCGUUUUCUCACUGCGGGAUCCGUGCGCUCGUGUGGAAACCGUGCUUUGAAGGGUUAUUUGGUACAAUUUUUAUUACUUUCUCCUGUGCGGGGCGUGUAAGCAAUAGAGGCAAUAGAAAAUGAAUUUGAAAACACAGCCCACGCACACACACACAGGAAGAACUUGCUGCCUGUAUGUACUCCCGUACAGGCAAAAGUUCUGCGCGUCGCGAGUUUUCACACGUUUACGACGGACGACUGCGGGAAAACCAGCACAACAGUCGAAUUGGUUUUCCAAUGGGUAUUUUCCCUAUUCUCUCUCCAACUCCAACAUGGCUAGCACGGUGUAACACAUGUUGAAAUGUAGCCGAAAAAACCAACCAACAAAAAAAGUCGUCGCACAUGAUCCCCACCCUUGUUACGUGCGUAAUACGAUAAUAAUGUGUGUGUGCGUGCCGUGUUUCGAGACGGGAAGAUGUAUUUUUAAUCACUUUCCUUGUGUUUUUCACACCCUUCUGAGUUCGGGGGGAGAGCGGGAAGGUUUACGGGAUGCUGCUCACUUUAAUUAGGAAGAACAAAUGCGACAAGCGCGGAGAGGGGGCAAAGCACAGCAAAAAAGAAGUGAUGAGGAACGCGGCGAGUUAAAUGGAACAAAUUUCUCAUUUUACACCGACCGCGACAUCCGCUGGUGUGUGUGCGCCCAACAACAAGAGAGGAAAAGCAUACACACACAGGGAAAACCCCCCAACCCCAUCCACCGGAGGCCCCAGGGCGCAUACGGCGCAAACAAAUGAAUGGGUUGAAGUGAAAUUAUUAUGGCACACAUCUGGUGCCGUGCCCGUUCGGCCCGGCUGGUGUGGUGGUCGUUGAUCGUAUAAAAUAAACAUUAAACAAAUAAUUAAAUAGUAGCUACGGUCAUGGGGACACAGCACACACACGCUAUGGGGUCGGCGCAAAGAUGGUAAACCGUGCCGCUGCUAGAGCGUUUUGUCGCAGCGGUCGAUGCGCUUUACCGCUGCUGGAACCGUUCCAAGGCGCUACUGCUGACGACUGUUUAUGUCGUGCUGGCGCAGUUGUGGUCUUCCGAGAGGAGGGGGGGGGGGGAUGAUGAUGGUCUAAGCGGGGAGCAGCAGGAAAUGCAAUAAAACCCGAUAAAAAUAACCCAAAAGCAGCAAGUCACUUCCAAUACCAAGGGAAAUGAUGUAGCAAGAAAUGGGGAUUUAAGGAAUUCAGUCUUUACAAUGUUGAAAUUGGUAGCUUGGGGUGUAAGUUUUCUUAAAAAGUUGCUAAAAUGGUUUAAAAAGUGUACAUCGUAAUGUGCCAAGCAUAACUUUAGGCGUUUUGUUACGUGAGUUGCAUACUUUAAGGCGCUCAAUGUAGUUAUGUCGUAUUUUAUCCUAAAUUUAGGCAAAUCUAGUGACAAAAGCACCUUGUUUUGCAAUUUGAAGACAUGUUUUAAGCCCAACCCAGUCUCAAACCAAUUGGAAAUUGGUACCAAGAAUCAAUAAUCUACUGUCCCAAAAAUGCUUUCCCCAAUCGUCCUGGAACUUUAAUUUCGUUCCAUGACAUUAAAUUUCUGGGAAAAUGGGGAAACCGAAAGGUACCGAAACUUCAACCUUCCACCAAAGCCAACGCAACGCAAGGUGAUGAGAAAUAGACUUCAGGCUUAAAUGUCGUCAUUAUUAUUGCCUUUCGCUACGUGCCUACGUGCCAGGCGGGAGGUAUUUGGAGGAGAGAACGGGAGCAAAAAACAACAAAAUGCUUCCCCCCCAAAAUCAUUUGGAACGCAGCGGAGGCGAUGGUCCUGACUUGCAUAACCCAGAAUUGUCCUUUCUUUAAGAAGCAGGGGCAGGAGUGGAAGGAUCGAUCGAUGGACGUUCCUCCCCACCAAAUGAACGUUUCCAUCUUCGCCAGAACACACACGCACACACACACACGCACACAGGUGCCGUGCAGGCAACAACGAUUUUCGUCUGAUAAUUAAUUUUCCAUCGAUCUGUCCUUGCCCGGCGACUGGAUGGCCAGAGAUGGCUGGGGAAUACGACCACCCCGGGGGGUGGUGAAAGGAAAUGGUGAAGAAAACUCCGGCCUGUGUGAGUGAGUGUAUCGUAAAAGGCAAAAAGUAUCAAUUUUCCCGAGUUUUCCUGGGCAGUUUUCUUUUUCCGCCUGCGGCAGCCUUAUUUGGGACAAAUGAGACACCGAGCAGGGGAUAGUCGUCGAGAAUUGCGAAAAAAAAAAAAAAAAUAGGAAAUCGAAAAUCUUUCUCUCCUCUUGCGCGGCUUGUUUCUUUUCCGCCUCACCUGCUGCAAGUUCUUCCAACCCCGUCCUGCACCAUGCUUUCGGUGUUUGACUGGGCGAGUAAUUGGUCUGGAUUUAUUUGUGUGCCCUUAGGCGGCUGAAUGGACGUGGGUGGAGGGUGGUAAAACAGGCAGAAGCAUCUCGUGUCUCGUCGUGUGCGCUGCGUGAGCGUGUCCUUUUAGGGCAUUCCAAUCCCCUCGAGAUUGCUGACAAAAGGAAGAACCGUAGCACCCGGAAGGAACUGAAACUAGUACCACACACACAGACACACCAGUAGAGCUCUCUCUCUCUCUCUCUCUCUCUCUCUCUCUCUCUCUCUCUCUCUCUCUCUCUCUUUCUCCAUGCAAACGAUACGAUAUUUUGACAAACUGCUGGUGGACUUUUAAGAAGGAAGGCGAAGGAGAAAGCAUACCGCUCGACAAUAAUAGUCCUGACGAAAAUGCUAAGAAUCAAUUGAAAUCGCUCCUCUCUUCGGAAGCAACACGACACGGCAAUGGUACAGGUACAAUGGAACCCUACACUCCCGGACCCGGAAACAAUGUGUUCAAUGGAGCGGGGAAAGGGGCAUAGAGGGGAGAGGGUCGGGGGAUCGAUGGUAGUCGUCCUUUUGCUCGUUGAUUUCCCUGCUUACGUUGCCGAGAACAAUGCAACCGUUUGCUUCCACCGUUUGCUCUCUGUGCAGAAAAAUGGGAAAAUUGCGCGGUGGGGAGGGGGGGGGGUGGCAAUCCCAGAUAGAAAUCAUCAGAAAACGGAAGAGACAUAAUAAAAGAACGUCUUUGCUGUUGUUGUUGUUCGCUGUCGUCUUAGAUUGGUGCAUCUUGUAGAAAUUUUUGGCUGUUUUUUUUUCGUUGCUGUUGCUCUGCUGUUGUUUGGCUGAGCGUACAAAAUUUGUAACCGUUGAAUUCUUUCAUGUUUUUUGCGUUCCGAUUUCGAUCGUCACCCCCACGCGGAAAUUACCUAUUUCGGUACAGUGCGUGCGGUAAAAAUAGGGCAUUGAUGUUGGGUAGGGAUUGUUUUCUUCAAUUUAUUUUUGUAUUUUUGCAAUUAUCUAAUACAGGCGUUCCUUGGGUUACGACCCUCUCGAGUUACGACGAUUUGCAGGAACGACGAUGUUGACUUUAAAAGAUAAAAGUUGUCAUUGAGAAUAAAUGUAUUUUUUUAUUUCAUGCUGAUAACCGUAAUAUUUAUAUUUACAAAGAUUCCCCAACUACAAACAAAAAAAAUUAUAUCCUGCAAACGUCUUUUGAUUUAAAAUUAAAAUUUUAUCGAACAUUUUUUUCAAUAAAAAACAGGAUAUCAUAGAUUUCGACUCUUCAAAUUGGAAUAUGAACUAUAUAUUGACAGAUAUUCGACAUACAACUAUUUCGACUUACGCCUUGCUUUGGGACAUUGUUUAGGUAAAAAAAUACAUUCGUAUUUCGGGAGACACCUGUACAUACGUUCCUUUAUCAAAAUUGGUAUGGAAAAUACAGAUAUAUUUUUUUAUGUACGGUAAUUAUCAGUUAUUACAAUCCUACAUUUGACAGUUACUUUUACUCUAUUGACUAGCUAUUUGAAUUACACUUUCAGCUUCGACAUUGAGUAAUGUGAUUUUCUUUAAAGAAAUUUUGAUUCAGAACUAAAAAGGUGGGAAUUUUAAGCAAGAACUAGUAACGAAAUAUUGCUAUUUACUUUCAGGUUACAUUUUUUGAAUGAUAACAGUAAUUAGUAAUAAGUAACUGGUCUUUGGGAUUGUGAAUGUUCAACUGAUCAUUGAAAUCAUUCAAUCGAAAUCAUUGAAUGAAAUCUAAGGAGAAAGUUAUUCAGUAAAAGCAGCAUAUUGACCAUACUAAGCUACAGUUAAGUAGUUGGAAGAAACUUAACAAAGGUUAAAUUGAUAGACCAUGAAACCCAAUUUCUCAAAUUUGCUGAAACCAUUUACUGACAUCUAAGAAAAGCAAUUGACCACAUUUAUCCGGUUUUACUAGAUGAUUCGCAUCUCUGCUGGUACUGUACUUUGGAACUGGCUUCCUUGGAACUCAUUCCCAAACAUUGCGCGUGACAUCUUUGCUCUUAAACAUCCUUGCAUACGAUACCAAAGCUCUACUGCACGAGUUACCUCAAUAUAAAACCGUAAAUUGUUGGAUUUUUUGACAGACAAACUUUUUUUUGUCACACACUGUACCACAAUUUACACAGUUUUGAUUUCGGCUUACCUUUUUUUCUUCUUUAUAUCCUGCACGGUUUGCACGGCGAAAAAAAAAGAAAAAUUGGCGCACGUCAUCCUGCCCAAGAAGUGCCAUUUUCCGGAUGUUCUUUCAAUCAUCAAUGCGCACACACACACACACGAACAACCUUCAGCACACUGUUGUCUCCUUGUAUUCCCCCUCUGCACCAGCUCUGCAUCGAAAGUAAGAAAAGAAGGCUCGAUUAUUCGCCUCUAAUGGCUAACGGAGGGAGCACGGGGAGAGGUUUUCGUCAGCCUCUGUCGCACACCGUGAUUUGUUUGUAAUGAGGAAAAAGAAUCGCUCCAAGAGACGACAUUUCGAAACGAAGGUGCUAAUUUAGGGACUGUGAAAGCCCCCUCCCUUUGGGAACCUGCUCCUGUUACACCACGAUUUCCGGGAGUAAAGGGAGCAAACCGACACGAAGUGAUUGUCAUUUCGCACACACACACACAACGAUGUGCUUUGAUGCUGCUGAAUGGGCAAUGGCAGCAUACCACUCGCACGGAAGGGGGAAAAGCGCGUAACAAUGGCAAUCGAUCCAGCAUCGAUUGUUGACGGAGAAUCAUAGUCCUCUUCGUCGUCGUCAUCAUCACAAUGCUUUCGAUCUGUGUAUAUGUUUAAUGCCGUACUUUCCUGCCGUAAAAUGCUGCCUCCUGUCUCGGCCCUCAUUUCAUCCCUCUUUGGGAAAAUGGGCAAAGCCACGCUUUGUUUGUCACUUCCCGUACUAUUUCCCGUUAUAUCGGUUUCCCUUUGCUUUGCGGGGGUUUCUUCCGUGGAGCAGCCCGCAACGAGUACGACGAUUGGGCACGGUAGAUAAGGUGCGCGUGUUCGGGCAGCUGCUCACUGCUACUUUCAAACAAAAACGCACACACACAAAACAGGGGCCCCCGGAGGGACUGUAAUGUCCACCCGAGGGGAGAGACAGGGGGCUCUUUUUUUCGGGGUGCGUUUCGGGACGCGUUCUUAACCGAAGGGAGGCCUACGCUACUUUGCAUAACAAUGGGCUACUGAAUUGGCUGCUGAUGGUGAAGAUCGAUGCUUGGCUUUCGUCAAACUCUCCCCAACUCCCACAAGACUACAUUCAACAAAAACAACAACAACAACAACGAGAUCCUAAUGAUGGUUGACGUUUCUGCCGAGCGGGGAACAUUCCAACCGGGCAUUGGCAAGGGUGAACAAUUGGCCCCCGAUCAACCAAACGAGAUCAGAAGCGCACCAACACCAACCGGAGUGUCACUCCGGAGCUCUUUACUGGGAAGGUGAAGGUUUUGUGGGAGUUUGCUGGAGUACCUAUCUCGCCCAACCGAUCGCGUGCCCGAUCAAUUUCUCGGGAGUUCGGUCGCGGGUCGUUAAAAAUUUAAAUGAAAGAUGAUAGAUUGGUACCAGCUUCCGUCGCUGGUUGCAGUUUGGAGGGGGGGGAGGGAUGAGAUGCCCGUUUGUUUGUAUGUUUAAACGUCCGACGCUUUGUACGCGUCACUCCGGUGUUCCGUUAGUGCACGGAGCCCCCUUUGGGUCCAGCAGCAGUUAAUCUUGAUCUGUUGGUGUGUGCCACACUCUGUCACACUGUAUCCAGGAGCGGGUUCUCGGCGGUUUGCACCUUUCGUUCCUGUUCCUACCGACUUUCUGGUGGCAUAAAUGUCGCUUCGUACGUAAAACCGGUAGCUGGCAAACAACCAAACACACACAGACGUACCAUUACCGGGUGCUUCCGUUCUUAUCCGCGUGUACGUGUACGUCCACCAGCACAAUGCUUUUAGCUAAUGUUGAUAGACACAUACACCUCUAUUCAAUUUACAUUUGCAAUCUAUCCGCUCUCUCUCUCUCUGUCUCUUGCCCUUCACUUUGCUGUCCAGGAAACGGAGGCAAAAAUCCCCUCCGAUAUACACACUGCGUGUAGGCUCAAUUACUUCGUCUUAUCUCAGAGCGCUCACCCCGGUUUUGUGUUGUGUGGUGUGUGCCGCACGCACCCCUUUUGUGAAACCAGCUCCGAGACCAGCUCGACGUUCGCCUACGCGACGACGACGACUUGCUUUAACGCCUGCGUUCAUUACUCUCGACCGUCCGUCCCGGAGACACCGGACCGCGACAUGCUACUACCGUACGCCACAUCAAACCGGGCAUCCCAUAAAGGCAAGUCGCAGAGCGGCAGCGACCAAGCACCCAGACACGGGGUGGGCCUGAAAAGAUGAAUAGAUUAUUUAUUAUUAAUUUUAAUUAAAUGUUUAUCGCAAAAUGGAGAUUUGCCGUUGCCGUUGCUCUGUUGCUCUGUAGAAAACCCGAAUAAGGAAUGGGGGGGCGGGGGGGGGGGGGAGUGGGAUAGAAGGCAUGGAGGGGUUGGUGUUUGUACGGGUGUUUGUCCAUAUGCCCAUCAACAAAAAGGCGGCCCGGUGUUGUUUCGGAUGCUUGUCCUCGUCGUCGGAUGGACGGGGUCCAUAUGGACAGAGUAGCAGCAGCAGCAUCAGUAGGCAAACCCACACGCAUUGGCAACGCGUUUUGUGCAGGUCUUUGGGCUUUGAAGAAGCGAGGGAGUCUUAAUCCUUCGCUUUGGACUUGACGCUUGGAAGGGAAAAUGGCGAAACAAUUCACACUAGCUUGACUUGGAGCUGGAGGUUGAUAGGGGAUGUUGCAGGUCGUGCGUAUCUCUAUGAGCCUGUGCGGUACUGAAGCCUAUGCUUUGGAGUUUCUGGAGACGGGGUACAUUGGAGGGGGAGGCUUUUGUAGUGUAACAGAGAGCAUCAGCAUCCGUUUUUAGAGGUCUCGGCUGGAGGUGGAAAGGUUUAUAUGAGACAAGAAACGGUAGUAAUUGUUGCUCUGUGUCGCAUUCUUCGGGAGUGCUCGGACGCAUUGGAGCAUCUUGGAGUUUCUGGGAUGGUAUGGGGAACUUUGAGCUGCUUCUAGGUUCCAGAGUUCACAGACGACAGUACGAUCAUGUUUUCCAGUUGUUCUCAAACAGAUUGAAAAGUGAUGCGUUUGACGUUUGAAGCUUUUUGUGGUGGUCAUCAGAUUCUGACAUUGGGAGAUAUCUUUAUCUUGGAGAGCAUACCAAGUUAUUGGUUUUUAGGAUUUCCCAAUAUCUUGAGAGUCAUCUUAACCUAUAAAGGUUUCUUACCGUUUUGAAGAAUGAUGCCAUAAUCUUGAAGAUUCUUCCUUGCAAAUUGAUCAUUAUUUAUUUCUUAGGCACCAGACGUGCCCCAAGUUUAUCUGGAACGGUCCAACAGAUGAGUUGAGCAUCUGUACGAUAUCAGACAUUCGCUGCACCAGGCUUGCAAACCCCUGGAACAAUUGUUUUGCCUCCCAUUUAAUGCAUCCGUGUGCCAUAACCGGAGACUUUCCAUUUUAAUACAACCCUUUUUCAUCCCAGCCAGCAGCAGCAGCAGUCCACAUUGCUCCCAUUGUUGAACGGUGAGAGAAGAGUCAGUUUGCUGUGCACUCUGCUGCUGCUGGUGCUGCUGUUGCCGCACCAAAAGUGCAAUUAAUUGUCGUGGCAGUUUAUGGCUGGCCAUGGGGAACCACUUGGGGCCAUCUUUUAGGCGCACACAACGAAAUCGCACAUACAAAAGUGCACACCCGGCUGGGUUGGGUGGACGAAAAUUAGGUCAUGCUGGCACAACAAACACAAAGGAAAGCCCACCGUCUGUGCAAUUGUUUUCUUAAAUGUAUAUCAAUUAAUGUCGUACGCAUUACUGCCUGCAAAGAGUGCGAGAGUAGUGGCCCCGGGCAGAAUAUGGUGACUGUCGCAUCAAUUUGUCUUCAUUGUGCCGUGAUUGUCCCGCUGCCGUUGCAAUGCGUGCUAUGGAAGAAACGCAAACCCAUUGCGCUGCAUCAUCCCGCCUUUUGCCAUUGCCCUUGACCCCACGGUGGGUGGCUUUUUAAGGCAAGCAAACCCAAUCGAACCGAGGCAGAAGCGACAGCACCAUUAGAAGCAGACGGUUGUGUAACAUUUGGCGUCACACACACAUACUCCAAUGCUGGAUCGAAGCUGCAAAAACAAAAAGCAUUCAUUUAUCAAUCAAUCGUGCUGAGUUGUUUAUUUUGCUGCUUUAAAGAGUAACCUCCCGGCGAACACGCGUAUGGAACACGGCGCGCGUUAAGUGAUUUUAAUUUAUGCCAUUUGCGUACUGACUCGGUGUGUUGUUGGGGUUUGUCGUAGUCGUUGUCGCCACUGGUCGUCGCCCAGUGCUGGAAUAUAAAGUGAAAAGAUUAAAAGACACACUCGCAGAAUCAAUACUUGGUCGGGGAUGCGAGACGAAUCCGAUUGCCGAAGGAAUUUCAAUUCUCCACGCUCGAUCGCCGCGCACUGGCUGAAGCGAGGGUGAAAUCAAUUUGUUUGAUUAAAAAAUUAAUUAAAACAAAACCACUCUUCGCUGGGCGCGGAAAAUCCCAGCGCACAGCCAACGAACGAUCAGCCACACUUAGGGGCCACACGAUCGCGAAGUGGCCAAUAAAACGGUUCUAGGCUUCGGCGAGGAUGCUGCGGGGCAGAAAAAAUCCUCCGAAAUACACAUUAAAGCUAAAUGAAGCGUAUCGCGAUGGGAAAUAGUCGGCAGCAAAUAUCCUGCUUGCUGUUCUUUUUUUUUGUCAUGUUUGUGCUUCCUUUUUUUGAUUUCUUGGAACGGAUUUGAGCCCCAGUGAAGCCGGUAGCUAGCACAGUUUUCCCCCUGCCAAAGCUGAUUGUAGUGAAAUAAAAAUCUAAAAUUGUUCCCAAAAAAAGAACACACAGAAGCUAUUACCUUUUCUCCCCCUUCGUUACGUACAAUUGCAAGGAUUCGAAAUUAGGUUUUCCAACCGGGUGACCGAAACACUAAUCGACCUCCGGUGCGAUUUGUCAGACGUGCGUUUUUUUGCUUAGUUGCUCCUUGACCGAGACUCUCAAGAAUCUUGCUCAGUGGCAUAUUGAAGAAGGGGAAGCACGCGUACCAUAAUUAACUUGCAACAUAUUUUCCACCGCCCGACGUCGGAUUUCGUAUGCCUGUUGAGUUGUGGAUAGAAUUUCCGUUUAAAUUAACAGUGGGAAAUGGCUUAAAAGGGAGAUAGAGAGAGGGAGAGCAAUGCCAUAAGACCUAGCAAGAAAGGCUCCUGAGCAUAAUGUGCGCAAUGCUUUGCACGGUAUCUUUUCCUAAUUUUCCUUCAAAAACCGUUUAAGAAAAAAGGUUCCUGACGCAUAGGGGAAUAGUAAGGACACAGUCCUACGUAUAGAUGUGUGUGUUUUUAUGAGAUAAAUAAAACUCUUGAGAAAUUGUCGGGCUCGAAAACCGGAUGAAAAGGGAAGAAAAAGGUGGCCUCUUGAAAAUUGAUCACCGGUUUUGGUGGUGCGUUCUUUUCGCUCUCUCUCUCUCUCCUUUAAAUUCCCUUUCUUGAGGGCCAUGCUUCAUGAGAGGUACGAUAACAAUAGACUGACACACAUAAUCGAGCACACAUAUGUGCGUACGGUGUGUGAAGAGAGAAAGGUGGUACACCCGUCGAGUGCUGCCGUGUUGAGUGUCCCGUCCCUCGGGUGGGGUUCGCUGGGUCUAAUCACAUUCGUAGCACCGUAUUCUCGCAUCCCGUCCCGGUCCCGAAAAGGUGAUCAUACGCGGAUUAAGAGGCUCAGAAUGGAAGAAAUUGGGCGCAGGGAAAAGCGGGUUGCUGAAUAGUUGGAAAUGGGGAAUUCCGUUUGAACUUUGAUCAAGUUCUUGAAGAUGCAGUAGCUCGCUGUAUUUCAGCUUCAAGAGCAUCUCAAGAACUUGUAAUGGAGCAUAUGCAAUUAUGGUUGGGAAUUGGACAUUAAUUCUUCCGAUACGUCAUGGAAAGCAAGUCGUAUAACAAUUUCAAUGUAAAAUGUUUAGUAAACAUGUAACUCAAUAACACAAUUUUCUUUAACAAAUGAGAUACUAUAACACCUAAAAGACAGGCGAGAUAUCAUACAAUACAUGUUCAAUUCAUUCUCAAAUCUGCUUCGAUUCCAGUUGUCUAGGGAAGGAAAGCGAUCCCUCUCAAAUGAAAAAAGAAGGCCGUUAGCUUGUUUUACACACCAUUAUUGUGUUCCGUCUGCUUACGAGUACGCUGAAUUGGAAGUCGUUUACCAUUUCGGUUCGGACCCAGCAGUCUUUUUUACGCAUUUUGGAUCUUGAAAAGCGAAGCGAAACCAGCAACAAAAAAACACCCAAACGAAAGACAAAACCACACCAGUAAAGAGACCACCAGACGCACACACCUAUCAUUCGACAACGAACACACACACAACACACAUCUCGUUGAAUCUCAUAUCCCAAGAAUUGUUGUUAGAAUUGUGUGUGAGUUUGGAGUGGAAAGAUGGAAUAGGGAAGAGAAAAAGGGAAUACCCCGAAAGAUCCAGGUAUGCCAGUACAACAACCUUCACCUUCUCACAGCAGCGGAGAAAAGAUUCGACUUUUGUGAUUGUUCGUCCCGGCGACAGCGAGGUUGAAAUGAGGGAAGAAUUGGAAUAGAAUUGAAGGCCCAGGCGCAGAGGAGACGAUGGGAAGAUCUUUCACAACGACGACGACGACGACGACGACCAAGCCAACGGGAUCAUUCAUCGAUCAGAGGGACUCGCAACAGCCGAACUGUCUGCCUGUCCCAGAAGCCGCAUUCAUCGAUGGGUCGAGGGUCCGGCCCAUUCCGGGAAGGUUGAAAUGUUGUGUCUUACCUGCCCGGUGCCCUGAAGUGCCGUGUUGCGAAAAAAGGUAGACCCGCACGCACACUCAAGACAUUCCAGUGCGCAGCUGCAGCUGGUUCGUCGCAGCAAACCGUCGAUUGUUGUGACCGUUGUAUGUUGAAGUGGCAGCUCACCCUGGUGGUGCUUUGGGAGCGAAUGGCACGCUACGGGAUAUCGAGAGAUCGAGAGAGAGAGAGCGGCGAUGGAUCUUGAAGGAUUCGGUACACCUCAAAGGAUCUGUGCUAAUUCUGAAUGAAUAGAGCGCGGUCGUUUAUGAUGGGACUCUUUUUGCGUGUGUGUGUUUGUGUGUGAGCUGGAUGUUGCACUUUCGGACGGCGGUGUCAGCUGCACUGGCUCGGGGUUUGUUCCCGUGCCAUGUGUUUCUGCCCUGUCGGUGCUGCAUGAUGAUCUAUUCAGGCUGGGCGAGCUUGAAGAGGAUAUAAUGAGCAUCAAACGAUCAUCAAAGUAAGUUGGUGUGAUGCUGAGAUGGGCUGAGAGUGCUCUUCAUCGACCGCUCACCAGUCGAUGGUGUACAGAUGUUUCUGUCUCGUGUCUUGACUCUGAAAGGUUAGACACUAGGUCAUGUUCGAUGUUGGAUAUGGAAAAUCUUUCUUUGUUGAAGAGUAUGACAGUUGUUAAAAUUUUUGGAGCGCCCUACCACUUGUCCAAUCAAUUCAUAGCUCAUUUAUUUGUCCCUUCGUUCGUUCAUUCGACAUUCAAUCAAUGGGCAGUUCACAAAAACCUACCAAAGCAAUUCAUUUUCUACUAGUUCAUUCGAUCGUUCCAUCGCUCAUUUGAUCGAUCAUUCGUUUGUCCAUUCUGAUGGUACUCCAGAGAGCAGAGCGCACCCUUGACUCCGAUCCGACUCCGACUAUUAUUAGUCCGAUUUCGUCUUCGGCAAAAACGGAACCACUAGCUCGAGUCAGAGUCGCCCGGAGUCAUUCACCUGACUCCAGCCGACGCCGGACGACUCCGACUCUGGAAAACUUCGGAAGACUCUGGCCGAUUCUAGACAACUCCGGGCGACUUGGGCUGUCGUUAAUCAUCUAAUACAGGGGUCUCCAAACUUUUCAGUUCGCGGGCCGCAUUGCUUUACAAUCAACGUUGUUAAGGGACAUUUUGACGCUACCUUUGGAAUGAUUGGAAGUUCAAAUCUCGUUUUGAUAAGGAAAUACUUACAAAAUAUAUCAAAUUUCUGCAGCUUUUUUUUAUUGAAUCUUGAUUUUCGUCUUUCAAAAGUAAAAAAAUAAUUUUGAUUAAUUAGUCAGAAAAGACAGUUAUUUAAUUUAACCUUUACCCAGUCAUCGCGGGCCGCAAAGGCUCUUGAGGGCUGCAAGCGACCGGCGGGUCGUAGUUUGGAGACCCCUGAUCUAAUGGAUUGACUACUUUUACUUCAUUCUUACCAUAUUUAAUUGGAAUGGCUGGAAAAUUAAGGAAAUAUUAUUGAAAAUGGCUACAUGUGAUUGGUCCUGCUGAAGUUAAGUCUCAAUAUUGUUUGUUUUAAAUUAAUUAAAAGCGAUAUCAUUGGCACAGUCGUUAAGCGUCAUUAUUGUGACGCAAAUAGCGAACAACAAUAUUAAAAAAGGUUCUUCUUCUAACUAAAAUAACUUCUUCUUUUAACUUCUCCAAGGUAAUGAGACUCUACUGAACAAUAUUGAAGCUCAUUCAAAAUGUUACUCAAAACAUUAAUCACAAUUUGCGACCCAAGCAUCAGAAUCCGCAAAUAACAUACUGCCCGUCAUGUUUUAUUCCUCCCAAUUUGCGCCUCAAUAAAUUCGAGCUCAAGAAUCCAAUUCCACCACUACGGGGCUCUAGCAAUUACCCGUACACCCGAAAUCGUGCCUAAUGACAGCCACCGCAUUCAUCCGUUACCUCAUUAAAGCUCCUUUCAACCGGUCGCGAACUGUCCGUUUGCUGCUGCUGACCCGAGAAGGGGGGGGCUGCCCCGAACCGAACCACACCGAAUGAAUGAAAAGCGCGGAAUGUCAAGUUGAAAGUUAUUGAAAGUUCGAGCGAGCUGCUGCUGCAGGUCGUGUCCUAUUCCUUCUGAGAAGGAUGCCGUUUGUAACUGGAUGAAUUUUCACAAUCACCAAACUCGUUUCGCAGACAGCAAAACGAGACCAAUACAUAUAGAGCGAAGGGGCUGAGGAAGACAGGUGGUGGUGGGUCGCAAAAUGGAUAUCUUACCAUUUAGUUUGCAACGAUGGUUGGGAUUAGCGGAAAAUUUGAAUAUCUCUCGCAAUGUGCAUCGCGUCGAUGGUUUCGCCUUUUUUCCAUCUCAAGAGGUUCGCUCGUUCUUCUGCUGCUAUGCCCGAGACACGGGCAUCUUCUCGACCAUCCUCAACAGAUUGUUCCUUCUCCUACUGAAUGUCACAACCCACUCCCUAACCCACCCUCACACACACCCAACGUACCGCCGACGGUUGUAAAUACUAGACUGUGUAGGUAUUAAUAAAUUAAUUUAAACCGAAAAUCGCGCACGAUGAGGACGCAUGGGGCAAUGUGCCCACGGACGGACAAAAAAGCCAUCGUUCGCCGGCAAGAGCUAUUCGUCCCUCAUUAACGGUGUUACAACUCCGUGUUGGUCUUGACGUGUCGGUGGCUUACAUCUGACCUGGUACGGGGGUUCGGUGCUAUCGCGAAAAGCGCGAAAGUAGUAUUAUUAUUAGGUCGGUUCGGUUCGAUGCACCGACCUGAAAAUCGCAUUCCCCCGAAAUGAAAUGCACACAUACAUACACACAGACACGAGACACACGGGUGUGAGGUUAAUUUACAAAAAGGCGAUCGAUCGCGCGACCCUGGUCCAACCUUUGGUUGGUGCCCGAGUUAAGAAAGCUCGUUAGUUAAACAAAAUUAAAGCGAAAAUGAACACAAACCAUGUCAUCAUCGUUGUCAGAAAACAAGGGCCAGCGAGGUGGAACGAAAUCGUCUCGGUUCUCGGUCGGUGGCCUGUGGAAUGUUGUGGUGUGGCGUUUGUGGACAUUGUUUGAUGUGGACCAUCAUCGGGCAAUAGGGGUGGGGGGCGUUUUGCUGAGCCCGGUAGUAUCAUUAAUGUGAUGUGUGUUUGUUGAAUAAAUCUACCAGAAACCAGGAACAAACAAACAGAAACUAAAAACACAUUUUAAGGAACGGACACACCGAACAGAUAGAGCUAAAAAAAAGAAGAAAAGAGAGAGAGAGAGAGAGAGAGAGAGAGAGAGAGAAUGAGACUCAAACGUUUGAAUGAUUGAAUGAAAUAAUUGACCGAAAAAUGGAAACUGUUAAAUGUAUAUCAAGCCAACCAAAACCAAAAGCGACGGCGACGGUUCGACGGUGAUGAGACGUUUUUCAAAGCUUGUGUAAAAAGAUCGUGGGCAGUGUGUGUGUGUGUAUUUGUCGGUGGAUUAAGUUUGCGAUUUGAGCGAAGAACAGGAAACAGAUUAACCACCCCUGAACAGAACAAAAAUCAUACACCCAAACAAACAAACAAAAAUAAUAAACCAACAGGAAACGUUCACCCGACCCGCAAAUGACUGUAUUUAAAUGUGAUUUCGAAGAAGGAUGAAUUAAUGUACGUAGAACAAAAAAGGGGCAUAGAUCACGCUACCAAAAAUGCGAUGCAUGCACGGGGGGGACUAAAUGGAGGGCUUUAAACAGUGCGAUGAAAAGGAAAUGUCAUGUAAAAUGGAGAGAGAGAGAAAGAGAGAUGAAAAAAAAAACAUUAAAGAGGGAUGAUUUUACUGAACUGCCUUGAAAUUUUACUAAAAAACGGCCUGAAUAUGGCGUAAAACGGUCCCAAAUUGCGGAAGUGGGGGAGUGGUGAGAGAAUAAAACCACAGAAAUUGUACGUUAAAGAAAAAGAAAAGAAAUACACUCAUCCCCAUCCCUCUCAACAGCGAGUAUAUUUAAAUGUAUUAAUAUGUAAUGUAAAACAUGCAUGCAAAACACACAGACACGAAACAUUAGGCUAAGUAUUAAUAAACCAGCGAACGGGAGCAGAUGAAGCGAGUAGCAAAAACGAUAAGUUGUUGGUGUUGUAAAAAUAACAUAAUAAACACAAUGCGAAAGUAAUGCAAAUAAACCAUAAAACAGUAGCGAAAAAAAUGAAAACAAUGAAACACAACACAUGAAAAUGAAAAAGAGAGAGAGAGAAGGAAGAGAGAAGAAACUAAUGCAUUUAGAAGCGAAAAGCACGAAAACGGUUGAAUAUGUGUGUUUGUGUGUGCGAUAAACAAGUCAAAACACUCGAAUGCAAACAAACUGUAAAAAAAAUCGACGGCAGAGCGAGAAAGUUAGCAGAACAGCAAUGGGAGAGAGAGUUCCAACAAACAAACAUAAACUAAUGAUGGAUCGUAAAAAUGGUCGGAUUUGUUUGGGAUGCGCGUCUCUUUGGUAUCCACUGCACGCCCCCCUCACACACACAAACACUAAAUCCAGCCGCACAUGUGUUUUGGAGUUUGAAGUUUGUUUUCCCUGUGUUUUCUGGGGGGGGGGGGAGGUUUUCCCAUACCCCGGUGGAAAGUACUGCGGACGGCUGCCGUGAUGCCUGUGGACACCGGUGUAAAACUUCAACGUUGUAUAAAGAGUUGAAGCGUGUGGGCCCCCAAAAGACGAAGUAUACGGGGUGCUGGAUCGGUAGUAGAUGGUGUGAAAGUAGGUGAAUAAGUCAUGCUGUCAUAACUUUAAAGCUGCCGGACUUGGUGGCAAUGGGAGGGACACACAACGACGGGGCCCGGGUGCGUUCAGAACAAGAAAGAGGAGAUUAGUAAUUUAUGGUAGUGGUAAGGUGGUGUAGAAUACAACAGCACUGCUGCGAGAAGAAUCGGUGGGUGUAUUUGUGUGUGUGUGUGUGUGGUAGUAAACUAAAGGAAUACGAACGUGGGAAAAAACACACGCACGGACCGGUGCAAGUGUCGUAUAAAUAUAUAAGUGGCGGAAAGAUGUAUGGGCGCGUGUGAAACUAAAACUAAACUGUAUCGAAACCAGAAAUUAAACGAUUAGGUUAGAACGAAGCGGAAGGGAAGGGUGAACCGAAGCAAGGAGAAAGGUGAUGGUGUUGUUGCAGCUAACAAACAGAAUCAGUCAAGAAAUCUCCAGUCCGUCGCGAUGUUCCGUCUCUGUAGGAAGCGGAAACGAACGUAAAUAUAAAUAUAUAUAUAUACACAUGAUCGAAGUAAUGUGCGUAUGGAGGAGUGUGUGUGAGUGUGUGUGCAUGUGUGAUAAGCACGAAUGAAAGGCCAUUGAAGGAAAAAGUGAAAAAAAGAUAAAAAUUGUUGUAUAAAGAUAAAAAACAGAAGAGGAAAACACUACAUGAAAGGAAGAGAAAACUGAACAAAUAACUAGUAGAGGAAAAUAAUGUAAAAGCAAACGAAAAACUAAUGAAAAACAAACGGUAGAAAAGGAGAAAAAGAGAGUUGAAAAAAAGGAGUAAAACAAGUGAAACAAAUAAGCGACUAACAGACACCGCAAAAACGCAUAUAUAAAAACAGAUACCGAAAACAUGCAAACAUGAAACGGAUACAAACAAAUUGUUGAUCCUUCCAAGCAAAACAAAAAAAAAGGAAAACAACUGAAGAAAAAACAAACAAACAGCUAACAACAGGCUCCCCCUUUCACAUAUUCCCCCCAUCAACUGCAGAUAGAACACAACAGAUCAGAGUGUACCGAAACAGCCGGAAAAAGGGAGGUAAGAGUAAUGAAAAUGAGUGCGGUUUGUUUUUGGGAAUCUGAUCUGCAAAACCAGCGCGACUGACAAGCGAACAAAUAUUGUAGCCAUUCCUUUUCGCCCCCCACAAACACACACACACAUACAGAGCAAUAGAAGCAGCAGCAACAAUACAUAAGUCAUAAAAAUGCAAUAGUUUACAGUGAAAGGAGCGUGCGUACGUGUACGCUCCGCCGGUAAUAUGAAUAAAAUCCACCCAAUCCCCAAAUUACAAACAAUACCAACAACGGGCAAGCAAAUAAACACAGUGGCCGAUUCGGAAUCGGAAUCUCUUACACAAACACAAACAAACAAUAGUUACAAAGCAAAGUAUACCGUGCACCGAUUGCAACAGCAGCAUUCUAUCACCCCCGUUUCUCCCAUUGCCCAUUGCGGGGCAAAUUUCUCCCCACCCAGCUAGAAACUACUACUCUGCAUCUGCUCUCAGCUCUUGCCAGAACUCGGCCAGCGAAAGCGAACGAUGGAAUGCAAAUAAACAUCGAAACAGUGAACGAAACGAACGAUUGGCGCACUAGCUGCUGGCGAGGACGGGAAAACUCACUGGUAGGGAAAAAUAAUGCAACAGUAUACAGAAAAAAAGCCAAUGUAUAAACAAAACGAGCGAAGGAAAAUAGCAACUCUGUGUAAAGAAAUAGAUAAUUAUGAAACUAACAAAGAGUGAAUGCAGCAAACAGGAACAGGAAAAAAUAAAACAAAAACCAAACGAAAAAAAGAAAAACGGAAAUGCAAAUAAAUCACAUGUAAAUUGAUGAAAGACACGAACAAUUGAUAUUAAAGCAGAGAAAAAAGGGAAAACAUAACACAAACAAAAAAACGAGCAGAGAGUGUGAGUGGCAGAUGAGAGUGAAAUGAAGUAAAAUGAAACUUACCCCAAAAACCCUCGUGUCCCGCGUGUCCCUAUGCAACAUCACUUACAACAUACCAACAGGAGAAGAGAAAAGAAAACUGGAAUGAUAAGAAAUAAUAUAACAAAACAAACAAACAAACAAACAAACAAAAAAAAAAACAACCCCAUUGUGAAAGAUUGUGAAAGGUCGUGAUGGAAGGAGUGAACAGAAAAAAACCUGCAGAAAUAAACAGUUUUAUCGUAAAAAAAAGUCAAAUAAAAAAUAA